ACGUAGUGGCACGUCCUCGUGGAAGGCCGUGUUCGUUUUCCGAGACGGCAUCAGCCGGCAAUUCGCAUUCGACCGACGUCUUGGUUUAAAGAGUCUCGGGGACAAGAUUUUUGAUGAUGACUUGACUUCUGCCGACUGGAGUGAGCCGCGGUCUCGAGGCAGCACAGACGAAAGAAGAAAAAGAGAAAGCGAGCAAGCAGUUUCAGCCACGAGAGAAACCGAGAAAAAGAGGAUUAUCGAUUACUCCGAAUCGAGUAAAAUAUUUUAUCGCGAGUGACAGCCACACGAGGAUUUUACUCGUUCUUUUCACCGAUCAUUUUGUUGUUGUUGAGUGCCCAGUGAGUGCACCACACGGGGAAGUUUCGACGACCAAGUAAUUCUCGGGUGACGAAAAACAAGAAAUAAAGGGAAAAGACCGAUCUUUUGGGGGCCCGUUUCUGAGAUCCCCGAACGUCGACGACGAACAAACGAUCGAUUUAAUCGACCCACACGAGUUGGAUUUCUCCGUUGAUCCAAUAUGAAGCGACAAGUGUCUCAGCAACAGCAACAGCAGCAGCAGCAGCAACAGACGAUGCAGCAGCAGCAGCAGCAGCAGCAGCAAACGACCACGCAACAACAGCAAUACAUUCAACAGAGAACCGAACAACGACAUGUCACUCGACAACAGAUCACCAGUCAGCAGAGAGUUGAAGGGGAGAUUGUGAUGCAGUCGACGCCCACGGUACCAGCUUUUACUGGCAGGCCCGGCGAUCCAUCGCCGCCGGUCUUUGAGCAGAUCUUCAAGAACGCCAGAUUCGCGCAGGGAGGAAAUGCAAUUUUCGAAGGACGCGUCAGAGGAAACCCGAAACCCACCGUUUCCUGGACGCACAAAGGUGCCCCGUUAUUGGAGUCAUGGAAAAUUCGGAUGUCGUACGACGAGAAAACCGGAGCACUUACUCUUCAGAUUAAUCAGAUUGGCCCUGGAGACGAGGGUGAAUACACGUGCAGUGCUAAAAAUCAAUAUGGCGAGGCGAUCUGCUCAGUUUACAUUCAGCCAGAGGGAUUCGGACCUCCGCAGCAGCAGCAGCAGCAGCAGACGGUUGACAAACGAAGUUACAUGAACGGAUCCUCCACCAGCAUCGAAGAUUUUAAGGUCGACACAUUCGAAUACAGGCUGCUGCGAGAAACGGAAUAUCGAGAGUCGAUUACACGCCGCUUCGUGGGCGAAUCGGACGUGCAGAUUUCGACGGUGGUAGAUCGUAACCUGGGACCGGUUGCACCUCCGCAAAUCGUCCAGAAGCCCAGAAACUCGAAACUCGUCGAGGGAUCUGACGCCGUUUUCACAGCGAAACUAUCUGGCAAUCCGAAACCGAGAUUAACUUGGUUUAAAAACGGCCAAAGGAUCCGAGAGUCGCAACGAGUGGAAAUGAGCUAUUCGAACCAGCAAGCCACCAUGAGAAUCAGAACGGCUUUGCCAGAAGACAGCGGCCAUUACACCUUGCUGUCGGAAAAUCCCCAGGGUUGUACCGUUAGCUCGGCGUAUCUGGCGAUCGAAUCCAGCGAUCAAGUGGAUCAGGCUUACCAGCAUUAUCAGCAGAAAGAAGCGGUCAAGACUCAACAAGUAGAAUCGACCGGCGAGUCCGACUCUGGCAAAGUGUUGCCGCCGAAUUUCGUACGCACCUGCACCGAUCGUGAAGCCACAGAAGGAAAGAUGACCAGGUUUGAUUGUCGUGUAACCGGGCGCCCGUACCCUGAAGUAACAUGGUACAUAAAUGACCAGCAAGUGGCCAACGACUUGACCCACAAGAUUCUCGUAAACGAGUCCGGUAACAACUCCCUGAUGAUUACCAACGUGAGCCGCGGGGACGCUGGCGUCGUCACCUGCGUCGCAAGAAACAAAGCCGGUGAAACGUCGUUCCAAUGUAACCUGAACGUCAUCGAGAAAGAACAAGUGGUUGCACCGAAAUUCGUCGAACGUUUCACGACCACGAGCGUCAAAGAAGGAGAACCGGUUGUUUUCAUGGCGCGUGCGGUUGGCACCCCUGUACCGCGAAUCACCUGGCAAAAGGAUGGCGUGCCGAUAACACCCGGACCGGAUGUGCGUAUAUUGACAGACGGCAGCGGAGCUUCGACUUUGGAUAUACCUUACGCGAAAAUGUCGGAUGCAGCUUGGUACCAGUGCACGGCACAGAACGUAGCCGGCUCCACAGCCACCCGAGCACGGCUCUUCGUAGAGACACCGAAAGGAACAGCCCCCGAACCAAGACGCCUGAAUUUACCCCGACCGACGAAAGUCAUCGAACCAGAACCUGCGCCUGGCCCCGAAGUGAUUUACUUGCGACACGUAGAACGUGCCAAGCCGUAUUUGCCUCCACCCGAGGAGGACAGAGUUUAUCCACCGCCACGUUUCAUUAUACCGUUGAGGGACGUCCAUCAAAUCGAAGGUGGACGAAUUCACUUCGAGGCCAGAAUCGAACCGGUGGGCGAUCCCACCAUGAGGGUAGAGUGGUACGUCAAUGGAAGAGCUCUCGAUGCAAGUUCUCGAGCGACUUCCAUUUUCCGAUUUGGCUUCAUCUCGCUCGAUCUUAUCAGCAUCGUUCUUCAAGACAGCGGCGAAUACGUGUGCCGCGUCGUUAGUUCGACUGGAGUCGCCGAAUCUCGAGCUACCCUCAGCGUGACGCCACGCGCAACAAUCGAACAGGCUAGUCAACACCCCGACAGCCUCCAGUACAUUCAACAGCUCGAGGAUUACAGCAAGUACCAAAGGCAGGAGAGUGUGGAGGAGAUCUCUCCCCAGCGGCCGGCCUUCAUCCGUCCACUCCAGGAUCUAGGAGAGCUGCAGGAAGGUCGGAAUGCGCACUUUGAGGCGCAACUGACCCCUGUUAGCGAUCCCACGAUGAAAGUGGAGUGGUACAAGGAUGGUAGGCCAAUCACAGCUAGCUCAAGAAUCACAACCAUCUUCAACUUCGGAUACGUCUCGCUCAAUAUAUUGCAUCUACGAGCUGAAGAUGCGGGUUCUUAUACCGUCAGAGCUGUGAACCGCUUGGGAGAAGCUGUCAGCUCCGCAUCUCUCCGUGUCUUUGCACGCACAAAUGUUACUUCCGAACUGGGAAUCCCCGAGCAACAGAGGUACAUCGAGGCUGCCGAGGAAUUGGAAGCCUAUCAACAGGCUAUGCACCAGAAAUAUGUGCAGGAGCAGCCUGAACCGACCAGCCCACCGGAAUUCAAAUCUCCUAUCAAGGAUCAGAACAGCAUACGAGAAGGCGGCUUCGCUCAUUUCGAAGCUCGCCUCGAACCAGUCGGCGAUUCCGAUUUAAGAGUCGAGUGGCUCAAAGAUGGACGCCCUGUAGAAGCUAGUUCGCGAAUCACGACUUUCUUCAACUUCGGUUACGUGGCGUUGACCAUCAAGUACGUAACGAUCCACGACGUCGGUGUGUACACCUGUCGAGCUUACAAUCGCGCCGGAGAAGCACACACCACCGCUCAAUUGAGCGUGAUCAGCAAGAACGAUGUCAUCUAUGACAGUCAACAUCCCACUGGGCUUCAGAAACUACAAACGCUGGAAGACUCCAGCAGAUAUUCGCGAAAAGUACAGGAAGAAACGCAAGUUACUCAAGCACCACGAUUCUUGGGAACCCUGAAGGGUACCAACAAGAUCGUCGAAGGGCAACGUGCUCACUUUGAGGCUCGCGUCGAACCUCAGAGCGACUUGACCAUGACCAUCGAGUGGUAUCACAAUGGAAAACCCAUCACUGCUGCGAACAGAAUACAAACGUACCACGACUUUGGUUACGUUGCUAUCGAUAUUCUUCAAGUUAGACCCGAAGAUGCCGGCACUUACACCGUCGUUGCAAGAAAUGCCCUUGGCGAGGCACGUCUAUCUGCCACCAUGGUGGUAGAAACACGCUCAGGCGUGGAUACCAGCAGCAUGCACCGCACUUCCUACGAAAAGACGCAACGCCUCGAGGAAUCGAAAUUCACCGAGCCCCAAUACCACAUCGAGGAAAUUUCGAAAUCCAAGCCAAUCUUCGUGCAGCCAUUGAGCGACCCUAAGCCGGUCAGCGAGGGCAAGAAUAUCCAUCUGGAGUGCCGUUUGGAACCAAUGGGCGACCCAACGAUGAGAGUCGAGUGGUUCCAAAAUGGCCGCCCCGUCACCGUUGGCUCCAGAUUCAGGACUUAUUACGACUUUGGUUUCGUCGCUUUGGACAUCGUGCACUCGACCAUCCUCGACUCUGGAGAAUACACUGUCAGAGCUACCAACCACCUUGGCACUGCUCACACGUCAGCUUGCGUCAGAGUGAUCGGAAAGUCCGAUGUCGUCACGGACACUCAACACGAGCAGUCGCUAGAGCAGAUUCAAAUGCUGGAAGAUUCAUCAAGGUACCGUAAAACUCAACAAGAAGAAGUGACGGUGAUGCAAGCACCCCAAUUCACACGAGCUCUGCACAACAUCGAGACGGUGGAAUUAACCAACGUCCACCUCGAGUGUCGUCUUCAACCGGUCGGUGAUGCCACGAUGAAGGUCGAGUGGUUCGUGAACGGUAGACCGGUGAAAACUGGUCACAGAUUCCGACCAUCGUACGAAUUCGAUUACGUAGCACUCGACAUCCUUGGCGUUUAUCCCGAUGAUUCUGGCGUGUACACCUGCCAGGCAAGAAAUCAAUUGGGCGAAGCCGUCACCUCGUGCUCGGUGAGGGUGCACGCGAAGAAGGACUUGCUCCUGGAAUCACAGCAUCCCGAAGGCUUGGAAAGAAUACAGUAUCUCGAGGAUGCUUCGAGAUACAAGAGACACGAAUUGGUCGACGAAGUUGUCAACGUUAAACCCAGAUUCGUCACAGCACCGAAGAACCAGGAAAACCUUCGCGAGGGACAACACGCGCAUUUUGAAUGCAAAUUGGAACCGGUCACGGACUCCAAUUUGAAGGUCGAGUGGUUCAAGAACGGUCGUCCAGUAACAAUAGGACAUCGAUUCCGUCCGAUUCACGAUUUCGGAUACGUUGCUCUGGACGUGAUCGACCUGAUCGCCGAGGAUUCUGGAACGUACACCUGUCGCGCCGUGAAUCUGGUCGGCAGCGACGAAGUAUCCUGCACUUUGACCUGUCGAUCGACCGCUCAAGUGUUGAUGGACACCAAGAACGAGCUCAGUCUCGAACAAAUUCAUUAUCUCGAGGACAGGAGCAAAUACCAGCGACGCGAGGACGUCGAGGAAACGACCACCCAGGCGCCGAUCUUCACCACUUCCUUAAACAACGUGGAGAUCAAGGAGGGUCAGAGAGCUCAUUUCGAGUGCAGACUGAUCCCCGUGUCCGACGCAACCAUGAAAGUCGAAUGGUUCCACAACAACAGACCGGUCAAAGCAGGCUCCAGAUUCGUCGAGACGAACAGUUUCGGUUUCGUCGCCCUGGAUAUCAUGUACGCGUAUCCUGAGGACUCUGGCACUUACACCUGCCGCGCAAAGAACAUUAUUGGAGAAGCAAUUACGUCGGCGACCGCGGUCGUCCACUCCAAAAAAUCGGUCUACUUGGAAACCCAAAACGAAGAGACCCUACAGCGGCUUCGUUAUCUGGAGGAUACUUCGCGGUACCAACGGAAAACCACAACGGAAGAAACCGUUACUCAAGCGCCAGUUUUCACGAUGCCCAUCAAGGACCUUAAAGUCGCGGAGAAUCAGGCGGCUCAUUUCGAAGCCCGCGUGAUUCCUGUUGGCGAUUCAAAGCUCAAAGUCGAAUGGUUGCGAAAUGGAGUUCCGAUUUCAGCUUCGAAUCGCAUAACGACGAUGCACGAUUUCGGAUACGUCGCUCUGAACAUGAAAUACGUGAAUCCCGAAGACUCGGGUACUUACACUUGCCGUGCAAGGAACGAACUUGGCGAAGCAGUCACGUCAGCGACACUUUUCGUCCAGUCCAAAGCAGCCCUGCAAUUCGAGACGCAGCACGAGAGUUCGUUGUCGAAGAUUCAGGCCCUGGAAGACACGAGCAGGUACCAGCGUAUCGAGGAAGAAGAGUUCGUCGUUAAGGAGAAACCGUCCUUCACAGUCCAAUUGAACGGACCCACCAACCUGGUCGAAGGACAAAGCGCACACUAUGAGUGUCGUAUCGAACCCUAUCCCGACCCGAACAUGAAGGUGGAGUGGUUCCAUAAUGGCAAACCACUGUCCACCGGUCACAGGUACAGAACCACCUGCGACUUUGGAUUCGCUGCGUUGGACGUUCUGACAGUAUACGCCGAAGACUCUGGCACCUACACCUGCCAAGCCACCAAUAAACUGGGAUCGGCCAAGAGCUCGAUCAAUCUUGACGUGAAAUCCCGCUCCUCGAUCAUUCGCGAAACGCAACACGAAAGUGCCUUGAAGAAAAUACAGUACCUCGAAGACGAUUCGCGGUACAAACGCACGGACGAGGAAGAAUUGAUCGUCGCGGAGAAACCAAAGUUCGGCCGUCCGCUGAAGAACAUCGAGCACCUGCCCGAGGGCAAGAGCGCCCAUCUCGAGGCGACCUUGACCCCUGUCAACGACCCCACAAUGGUGGUCGAAUGGUACAGAGACGGACGACCGAUUCCGCAGGGCCACAAGUUCAAAACCACUUACGAUUUCGGUUAUGUCGCUCUCGAUAUCCUCUACGCUUAUCCAGAAGACUCAGGAACCUACAUGUGCAAAGCAAGAAACGCUGUUGGCGAAGCUGUCACCACUUGCGUCAUCAGUGUCGACUCUAAACAAGGACUUUAUCUGGACACGUUGGACGCCCAGCGUUUGCAGAAGAUUCGCGAGCUAGAGACCGUAGAGGUGAAACAAGAGGUUGAAAAAGAAGUUGUACACCAGAAGCCCGUUUUCCUGACACCGCUCAACAACCUGGAUCACUUAAAGGAAGGUGAACACGCUCAUUUAGAAUGCCGAGUCGAACCCAUCAACGAUCCAAAUCUCAAGAUAGAAUGGUUCGUGAAUGGAGUCGCUGUGAGAACCGGACAUCGGUUCCGCAAAACUCACGAUUUCGGCUAUGUGGCUCUUGAUAUUCUUUACACGUACUCUGAAGAUUCUGGUACUUACAUGUGCAAGGCUACCAACUUGGCUGGCGAAGCUGUCAACACUUGCACCAUCAAAGUUGGCUCUCGCCGCAGUAUUCUUCUGGACACGCAACAUCCCGAUGGCCUUGAAAAGAUCCGCGAACUCGAGGCCCAAGGACAUCCAGCCCGUUUGGAAGUCGAAGAACCACCUGUCACACCGCCAAGAUUCGUCACAGAACUCAGGGGUACUACUGAAGUAUACGAAGGACAAACAGCUCACUUCGAGUGCCAAGUGGAGCCUCUUCACGACGCCAAUUUGAGAAUCGAAUUCUUCCACAACGGCAAGCCUCUGCCAUCGGCUUCCCGGUUCCACGUGACGUUUGACUUUGGAUACGUGGCCUUGGACAUUGGUCACGCGGUCCCCGAAGAUGCUGGCCAGUAUUCCGUGCGAGCGAUUAACGCUCUUGGUCAAUGCGUGUCUUCGAUCGAGCUGAGAGUUAUCCCGAGGGAUAACAUUAUUCUGGACUCUCAGCGUCCCGAAGGAAUGGACAAAAUCCGUGAACUCGAGGCACAGCAGCCUUGGAAGAGACCAGAAGUACCGGAACCACAAACAAGACAACGACCUGUCUUCACUCAGCCCUUGCAGAACAUCGAUGCCAUUCCCGAGGGACAGACUGCUCACUUUGAGUGCAGACUGAUACCCGUAGGGGAUCCUACCUUGAAGGUCGAGUGGUUCAGAAAUGAAAUUCCGCUCGAGACAAGUUCACGAAUAACCAAGGUUCACGAUUUCGGUUACGUGUCCCUGGAUAUUAAUCAUGUACGAGAAGAAGACGAGGGUGUCUACAUGUGCCGAGCUACCAAUCCGCUCGGCGAAGCUGUCACAACAGCUUCGAUGAGGAUUAAGAGUAAAGCUAGCAUACAAUUGGAAACCCAGCACCCUGAAGCUCAGCGUAAGAUUGCCCAACUCGAAGCUGACAAACCGAGUCGACCCGAAGAGCCAGAGAAAGUGUUUGAUAAACCCAUAUUCACGCAGUUACUGACCGGACCCACUGAACUCUGGGAAGGUCAGAUGGCUAGAUACGAAUGCAGAGUCGUCCCUGUUGGCGAUUCCAGUUUGAGAUUCGAAUGGUAUAUAAACGGAGUCGAAUUAAAAAUGGGUUCUCGUUUCCACGUAAAUCAUGAUUUCGGAUACGUGACCUUGGACAUUCUGAAGGUCAUAACAGAAGAUUCCGGUGUGUACACAUGUAAAGCGAUCAACAAAGCUGGAGAAGCUGUUUCCUCGAUCUCUCUAAAGGUAAAAGCACGCUCAGCCAUCGACGCUGACAGUCUUCAACCCGACGCAUGGCAAAAGAUCCAACUGAAGGAAGCAGAAAUGAACAAAGUGCCAGAAAUGUUCGUCGACACGACGCCGCAGCAAGCUCCAGUUUUCACGAAGCAUCUUGAAAGCUACGAUAAACUCGUCGAAGGGCAACACGUAUACCUGGAGGCUCAAGUUGAGCCAAGAGCAGACCCAAACCUCCGCGUAGAAUGGUUCAAGAACGGAGUAGCGCUUCAAACGGGAACCAGACUUCGUAGCACCUUCGAUUUCGGUCUCGUGACGCUGUCCAUCAAUGGAUUGAGGGACGACGAUUCAGCGAUUUACACCUGCAAGGCCACCAAUUUGCUGGGAGAAGCUGUAUCCACUUGCAGCUUGAAAAUUGUCGACCGUCACUGGUUGCUCGGUGACACUCUUCAUCCCGAUGCUCUUCCAAAGAUCGAUGCUCUGGAACAGCCUCACGUUUCAUCCGCCGAACAACCAGAGCCGAUCUACGAAGAACCAGUGUUCAUCACUCAUUUGAACAACGUCGAGUGCGUCGAAGGUGACAAUGCACACUUCGAGUGCAACGUGGAACCAUCGAAAGACCCAACGAUGAAGAUCGAGUGGUUCAUAAAUGGAAAGCCACUUCCGACCGGCGCCAGGUUCAAAUCAACCUACGAUUUUGGUUACGUUGCUUUGGACAUAAAUCAUGCCUACGAGGAGGACUCUGGAGUAGUCAUAGUAAAAGCUACGAACUCCAAGGGCUCGGCCCAGACAUCGGGCACCUUGAAAUGUACCAGCAAACAAAAUAUUUAUCUGCAGACUCAGCAUCCGCAAGGAGAAGCUGGUCUGGAGAAGGUCAAAGAGGCGGAAGAUGCCUACUUGUCCAAGUAUAGGAGACCAGAAGACGGACCGGAACACGAAUACCCGAAACCGAUUUGGACGGUUCCCUUGCAACCGGAAUUCAAACUGGGAGAGUCCGAGCCAUUGCAUCUGGAAGGACAAGUCGAACCGAAAGACGAUCCAAACUUGAAGAUCGAGUGGUACUUUAACGGCAAAGCCUUGGAGCAUGGAUCUCGCUUCAAGAUGACCAGCGAUUUCGGAUUCGUCACCCUGGAUCUGACGGACGUGUAUGACCGCGACUCUGGAAUCUACACCUGCAAGGCGUACAACAAGGCAGGCGAAGCCUUCACCUCGACGACCGUUUACUGCUCGACCAAAGAGAACAUCAUCGAAAGGUCGCAACAUCCAAAGGGCAAAGAGGGUCUGGAAGCUAUCCAAGAUCUCGAAGAAUCCCUCAAGCGGCAGGAUGGUGCCCCGCCGGAGAGCGAGGAAGGUCAUCCACCAGUGUUCACCUCUCAAUUCGAGAACUUGACCAACCUGUCCGAAGGAGAAAUUGCUCACUUCGAAGCUUCCCUUACUCCAACCGGUGACCAGACCAUGGUCGUCGAAUGGUUCUACAACGGAAAAUCGUUGGAGGCUAGCCACCGCACCAGAACCGUCUACGCUUUUGGCAUGGUCGUUCUAGAAGUCCUUGGAACGAAGAUCGAAGACUCUGGUACCUACUCUUGCCGAGCCACGAACAAAUGGGGUCAAGCCGAGAUCAGCGUACAACUGGAAUGCGUCGACAAAUCCAAGGGACAGAAACCUAAAUUUACCACGCAGAUUCAAUCGUUGGAGGGUCUGAAGGACGGCCAGUCGGCUCACUUCGAGUGUACCCUUAUUCCAGUUGGAGAUCCUCACAUGAAAGUGGAAUGGUUCCACAACGGGCAGCCCUUGAGACAUUCUUCUCGGUUCAAGAUGGUAUCCGACUUUGGCUUCGUUGUCAUGGAUAUCGCUGGAGUGAUGGCGCACGACACCGGAGAAUACGUGUGCAAGGCCAGUAACAAAUACGGCGAGGAUUACACCAAAGCAACUAUCAAAUGCUUCGGAAAGAGCGGAGUCUACCUCGAUUCCUUGCAACCGGAUUCUCUCGCCAGAAUCCGCGAACUAGAGAGCUAUGGUGGCGAACAACCGACAACACCAACCACCCCGGUUACCGAACCACCUAAAUUCAUCACCCAAAUCGCUGACAUCACCAAAUUGGUCGAAGGACAAUCAGCUCACUUCGAAGCUAGACUCACUCCAGUGGCCGAUCCGGACCUCAAGGUCGAGUGGUACUACAACGGCAAGAAGCUUCCUCAUGGACAUCGGUACAGGACUUUCCACGAUUUUGGCAUAGUCAUCUUGGACAUACUCUACUGCUACGAAGAGAACUCUGGCGUCUACGAGUGCAGAGCCUUCAACAAGUACGGAGAGGACACGACGAAAGCAACCUUGAAGUGCUACUCGAAAUCUAGCCUUAUUUUGGACUCUCAACUUCCCAAAGGAAUGGAAGGUGGCUUGGAAAAGAUACAAACUCUCGAAGAUUCGAUGAUUCGCACGAAAGACGAGAAGGUAGUCGAAGAACGUGGAAAGGCUCCAAUGUUCACUGUACCAUUGAGCAACAUCGAUGGCCUUCGGGAAGGGGAAAGCGCACACUUUGAAGCAAGACUUACACCUACUGACGAUCCAAAACUAAAGGUCGAAUGGUUCUGGAAUGGAAAACCAUUGCGUACCGGGUCUCGUUUCCGAACCUUCUGCGACUUUGGCUUCGUUAUCCUGGAAAUAUCGCCAAUUUACCCAGAAGAUUCGGGUGAAUACAGUUGCAGAGCAACGAACGAAUAUGGCGAGGCAGUGACGACUUGCACCAUGAAGUGCACCGGGAAACGAAGCAUAAUUCUGGAGUCUCAGCUGCCAAAAGGAAUGGAAAGCACCAUCGAUAAAAUCGCGGAGCUGGAAGGUCUCGGAAACGAGCCGAGCGCAGCUACUCCGGACGACGACACAGGAAAACCACCGGAAUUCAUCACGACACCGUCCGAUUUGACUUUAACCGAGAAUUCUCUGGCUCAUUUCGAGUGCAGAUUGACUCCCAUCAACGACUCGAGCAUGAGAGUCGAGUGGUUCCAUAAUGGAAAGCCUCUGCUGGCUGGUACCAGAAUCAAGACGAUCCACGACUUCGGUUUCGUCAUCCUCGAAGUCGCCAAUUGCUACCAACGCGAUUCUGGCUUGUACACGUGCAAAGCAACGAACCGUCACGGCGAGGCCACCGUGUCUUGCAAGUUGCAAGUCCGUGGUCGUCAAGGAAUCAUCCUGGAACCUCAGUUACCAUCCAACUUUAAGACUGGAACAGAGAGUAUUCAAAAAUUGGAGGAGGCCUUGUACAAGAGGGACGAGAUAUUGACCGAAGAAGAAUCGCCAAACCCUCCCAGAUUCACGGUCGAGUUGAAGGACAUCGAAGUAGAGGAAGGAGCCUCCAGCCACUUUGACUGCAGAGUCGAACCGGUCGGAGACUCCACGAUGCGUAUCGACUGGUUCCAUAACGGGCGAUCGUUCGCAACGGGAUCGCGAGUACACCAAAUCAACGAUUUUGGAUUUAUAUCUUUGGACAUGUCGUAUACCUACGCCAGGGACAGCGGCGAAUAUGUUUGCAGAGCCACGAACAAAUGGGGUUCUGCUACCACCAAAGCAACCAUCACUUGCAAAUCCAAGAAAACGAUAGACUUUGAGUCUCAGCUACCAUCGGGCAUGAGCGGUGAAAAAUUGAAGGAAUUGGAACGUGGACCGGUGAGCGAGCCACCUGCCGAAGAACCACCGCGUCAACCACCGCGAUUCAUCACGCAUAUUCAAUCCGCAACGGUCGACGAAUCCGAACCAGUUAGGUUCGAGUGUCGCGUGGAACCGAAGGACGAUUCAAACUUGCGUAUCGAGUGGUAUAGAAACGGAAAGCUGAUUCCAGCUGGGCACAGAUACAGAACCACGUACGAUAUGGGAUUCGUGUCUAUGGACAUCUUGUACGUCUACCCUGAAGAUUCCGGAGAAUACGUUUGCAAAGCUAUCAAUGACCUUGGAGAGGACACUACCAGGGCAUCGGUUUCAUGCAAAAGGUUGCCUAGCAUUAUCCUGCAAAACCAAGUACCAAAGGGUAUGAAGAAGUCGGAGGCGUUGAUGCAAAUGGAGGCUACCAUUAAGAAAUACACCUCGGAAGUUCAUCUGACCGAGGACGACCUCUACGACGCUGACAAGAAACAACCACCUCGUUUCGUCACUCAGAUCGAAGACCAGACCGAACUCGUCGAAAUGAACAGUACGAAGUUCGAGUGCCAACUGGCGCCUGUCGGCGAUCCCAACAUGAAGGUCGAAUGGUUCUUCAACGGCAAACCUCUGCCGCAAAAGAACAGAUUCACGCCUAUCUACGAUUUUGGCUACGUGGCGAUGAACUUUGGCUGGGUGUAUCCCGAAGACAGCGGAGAGUACCUCUGCAGGGCCACGAAUCUUUACGGAAUGGACGAAACACGAGCAGUAAUCCGAACCGCUGGAAAGCCUGGCAUUAUCUACGAGUCCCAAUUGCCAAAGGGCAUGAAGAGUAUCGAGAAGAUCCGAGAGAUGGAAGCUGCAUGGCAAAUAGUACCUGAGGAAGAGGGUGAAGAGGAGAAGGUGCGAGCCCCUCCAACCUUCGUUAGCAAACCGGAACCCGUAACUGUAGAAGAGGGCGAUUGGUCCAGAUUCUGCUGCCGUGUCACAGGUCAUCCGAGACCACGUGUCAUGUGGAUCAUUAACGGUCACACUGUAGUGAACGGAUCUCGUUACAAGUUAACAUACGACGGCAUGUAUCAUUUGGACAUCCCCAAGACGAGACAGUACGAUCAUGGAAAAAUUGAGGUUAUUGCAAGGAGUUCGGUGGGUGAGACUCGCACGGAAACAUCAUUAACCGUGAAACCAAGAAGCGACGAUUAUCGUGGAGUGUUGAAGAACUCUCCAAGACCGUGGUAUGAUUACGGGCUGACCCAAUACCAAUCGGAGCGACAGAACACAGAACUCGAGAGAGUUUUCGACGAGAGACACCACAAUGUGUCCCAAGGAAUCGAGAUCGCGACCGAACACCUCGGCCAGAAGGUCAUCAAAGAGCCUGAAACGGAAUGGCAGAAGUCCGUCAAGAGCAAGAAGAACGAGGACUACUACAACAAGCUCAUGAACCUGGAGGAGGAACAGGUCUUGAAGGAGUCUAGACUGAGGGAAACUACCCAUCAAUAUGCCAUCCCUGGUGAGAAGAUCGUCGCCAACUCUAUGGCCAAGGGAAUGGCCCAAAAGUACGAAGAAACCUUGGAGGACAAGAAGGACGAAACAACCGAGGAAACGGUGCAACAAACAACGACGAAGUUCGUGAAGAAACCGUUCGUGGCGGAAGUGGACAUCGACGUGGAACGCUCGAAGGCCACAGGAAAAUAUCCUCCUGAACCAUCCGAGUCCACGGUUCACGGUCGCGAAGUCCACGUGGCGAAACAAAAGCAGACCCAGAAAGAGAUCAAAGGCGACUUGGAAAUCACCCGAAAGAUAACGGCGACGGAAACCACCGAAGUAGAACACAAAGCCAAAACGCAAGAGCGCGUUGUUCAGGGUCCUGCGAAACCAGCGAAACCGCCAGUCUUCACGAAGAAGAUUCAACCUUGCAGAGCAUUUGAGCAGGAGCAAGCGCGAUUCGAAGUCGAAUUUGACGGCGAUCCAUUGCCGAACAUCAAAUGGUACCGCGAAGAUUUCCCGAUUCAGAAUUCGCCAGACCUCCAGAUUUACACCUUCAGCACAAAAUCGGUGCUAAUUGUUCGACAAGUAUUCAUGGAGGAUUCCGGUGUUUUCUCCGUGAUCGCUGAAAAUCGAGCCGGAAAGGCCAAGUGCAGCGCCAACUUGGUCGUUGAAGAACGCAGACGACAACCAGGAAGAGGAGGUGUAGUACCACCGAGUUUCCUCUCGACUAUCCAGAACACCACCGUCAAUUCUGGUCAACUGGCUAGAUUUGACGCUAAAGUCACUGGAACCAAGCCUUUGGAUGUCUAUUGGCUGAAGAACGGCAAGAAGGUGACGGCAGACAUUCGUUACAAGACUCUCGAGGAAGACAACACUUACACUUUGCUGAUCCUGGAGACGGUACCUGAAGAUUCCGGAAAAUACGAGUGCGUUGCGUUGAACAGUGCUGGAGAAGCUCGUUGCGACGGUGAAUGCACGGUUAGGGGACCUCAAUCACCCGCGAAAACAGCGAAACCGACGACGCCUGGCGUCGAAAAGGCACCCGCGGUUCUAGAGCCGCUGAAAGAUCAGACAAUCAGAGAGGGAACUUCCGUUGCUUUUGCGUGCAGGAUCACUGGAAAGCCGGUACCUACGGUGCAAUGGAAGAAAGGCGACAAGGUAAUCAAGCCAUCCAAAUACUUCCAAAUGCAGAAGGAAGGUGAUCUCUGUACCUUAAGGAUCUCUGAAGCCUUCCCCGAAGACGAGGGUGUUUACAAGUGCAUCGCCAAGAAUCCAGCCGGUGAUGUAACCACGUCGGCCAAUCUCAGAGUUCUUGCUCCCGACGCGGCGGAUGUUCUGCCCAAACUGACACCUCUGAAGGAUCAAAUAGUUCUGGAAGGGCAGCCAGCGCAAUUUAAAACUCAAGUCAGUCCAGCGAAGCCAAAGCCAACGAUCCAAUGGUAUCGCGAAGGUGCCCUCAUCCCUCAGUCGCCUGACUUUCAGAUGAUUUACGAAGGCAAUAACGCUGUGCUACUGAUAGCAACAACCUACGAAGAAGACACUGGCACCUUCACUUGCCGAGCCACCACUUCGGCCGGCACCGUAGAAACCUCCGCCAAACUCAUCGUCAAAAAAAGGAAAGGAGGUUAUUACGAAGUUCCGGUAGAAGCAGGACCAGGAGCGAAAUCCGGUGAAAAAGUACCGUUUGGUUUGGGAACGGGCGGCAAGGACGUGAUAUUAGAACAGGUGCCGUUGGAUGAGAAUGGAUUGCCAUUAGAAAUACCGUUAAAACCUGGAGACGAGUCGUUGCCUUGGAGAAAAGGACGCGUGCAUCAUCGAGCUAGCGGCGUGACGCCAUGGCGAAAGGGGAAACCAAAGUCUCGCGACACUUCCUUGGACAAAUUGCAGGCCACCGAGAGCCAAGUGAAACCUUGGACGGAGGAGGGGGUCGUUUUAAAGAAAACGCCACAGGUGCCCCGAGAACUGCCUCGCGAAAAACUCGAGGACGUCGAACUGAAACCAGCCAAGAUCGAGAAGAAAGAGAUCAGGAGGCCGAGCCUCGAAGCUGUCGACUUGAAACCUGUCACCAGGGAUGUCACCAAGGAAGUCAGAACCGAAGAAAAGGUUCGAAAGGAUCUCGAACAGACCACCGACGAAAUUUACGCCGAAGAAGAGGACUCUAGAUUGUUGAAAACUUCUCGAAAGGUCGACGAAUCCGUUCAGAGGAAGAAGGACGAGCCAAAACCCUGGACGGAAGAAAAGGUUACGUUGAAGAAGUCGAAACCGGAUAGAAAAGAGAUACCAAAGGAAACCAUCGAAUCCGUCGAAUUGAAACCUUCGAAGAUCGAGAGGAAAGACAUCAGGAGACCUAGUUUGGAACAAGUGGAUUUGAAACCAGUUCCUAAAACUGACAAAGUUACCGAAGAAACGAUUACUCAGAAGUCUGAAUAUCUGGAACAAGAAGAUACGUCGUUGUUGGAUGUGGCUAGAACGGAAGAAGUGAAGAAACUGAGAAAAGAGAAGAUUGAAGAGAAACCAGAACAACAAGCUAAACCUUGGACAGAGGAGAAGAUCGCUCUGAAGAAAUCGAAACCUGUCAGGAAAGAAGUUGAGAAAGAAGUUGUGGAGACUGUGGAAUUGAAACCAUCUAAAAUUGAAAAGUCACCGAUACGGAAACCCAGUUUGGAACAAGUGGAUUUGAAACCAGUUCCUAAAACUGACAAAGUUACGGAAGAAACGAUUACUCAGAAGUCUGAAUAUCUGGAACAAGAAGAUACGUCGUUGUUGGAUGUGGCUAGAACGGAACAAGUGAAGAAACUGAGGAAAGAGAAGAUUGAAGAGAAACCAGAACAACAAGCUAAACCUUGGACAGAGGAGAAGAUCGCUCUGAAGAAAUCGAAACCUGUCAGGAAAGAAGUUGAGAAAGAAGUUGUGGAGACUGUGGAACUGAAACCAUCAAAAAUUGAAAAGUCACCGAUACGGAAACCCAGUUUGGAACAGGUAGAUUUGAAACCACUUCCUAAAACGGUGACAGAGAAAGUCACCGAAGAAACUCAGAAGUCUGAAUACCUGGAACAAGAAGACACGUCGUUGCUGGAUGUGUCCAGGGUCGAAGAAGUGAAAAAAUUGACGAAAGAGAAGGUCGAAGAGAAGCCAGAGCAAGCUAAACCUUGGACAGAGGAGAAGAUUACUCUGAAGAAAUCGAAACCUGUCAGGAAAGAAGUUGAGAAAGAAGUUGUGGAGACUGUGGAACUGAAACCAUCAAAAAUUGAAAAGUUAUCGAUACGGAAAACAAGUCUGGAACAAGUGGAUCUUAAAUCUGUGACGAAGGAAACCACGGAAAAGACAGUGAAGGAAUUAACGCAGAAGACUGAUUACGUGGAAGAGGAGGACACAACGUUGCUUGAUGUUUCAACUGAUACUCGAGUGAAGAAAACGAGGAAAGAAUCGAUUUCGGUGGAGAAAGUGGAGCAACAGAAACCCUGGACGGAAGAAAAGAUUACUCUGAAGAAGACUAAGCCUGAGAAGAAGGAAACUCCUAAGGAGGCUGUCGAGACGGUCGAAUUGAAACCUUCGAAACCAGAGAAAGCUGAAAUUAGGAAACCUAGUCUCGAACGCGUAGAUUUGAAACCGCUUCCCAAGGAAAUCACUAAAGAAGAGCCACAGAAACCGGAAGGAAAAGACGUUUACGUCGAAGAAGAUGACACGUCUCUCCUCCGAGUCGACAAGAAGAUCAAACAGAAAGAAGUCGUCGAGAAGAAACCGGAAACUAAACCUUGGACCGAGGAAAGGGUAACUUUGAAGAAGGCGAAAGUAGAGCAAAGGGAAGCCCAUAAAGACGUUGUCGAAGAGGUGACGCUUAAACCAACUAAGACAGAGAAGAAAGAAAUAAAGAAGGAGACUCUAGAGAAGGUGGACUUGCAGAAAGUCACGGAUAAAACGCAGUUCGUCCAAGAAGAGGAAACGACGUUGCUGAAAAUAGACAAAGACGAAAAGAUUGAGGAACAAAGAACAGACAAAGUUGCAACUUGGAGAAGAGAAAGGAAACCAAAGGAAAAGGCGCCGUACCACGAAGAAGAGGAUAAAACGAUUCUCGAUGUUGCAAAAGAUGUCGAGGAGAAGCGUGUGGAGAAAGAAGAAGUGCCGGUGCCAUGGGCAAGAGGCAAGAAAAAACCAAUCGAGAAAACGCCUUAUCAAGAGGAAGAAGAUACUUCCCUUCUCGAUGUCAAAAAGACUGAAAAAACGACUGAAAAACAGGUAAAAGAAGAAGAAGUGCCUGUUCCGUGGGCACGAGGGAAGAAAAAGAAAGAAGAGAAACCGGAAUCAGUCCCAGAAAAAAUGCAGCCUGAACAGAUACCAGAAGACGAAGAAACAACGCAGGUUCCUUGGCUUCGCGAGAAAAAAGUGCCACGCAAGAUUCCUGAAAAGAAGGAGGAACCGGUCGAAGACAUUAGAUCGGUGACGUUGAAGCCAACGAGGCGAGAGCGCGCUCCUCGGGAGAAAGAAAAACCGGAAGAAGUGACUCUGAAGCCUCUAAAACGCAUUCCACGUGAAGAAGAAGAGAAGGAGGAAGUGCAACUGAAACCCAUUCCGAAACGUAUGCCUGAAGAGAAACCGCGAGAAGAAGUUAAAUUGAAACCAUUCCAAAAACCAAAGCCCGAGGAGGAGGAACGGGAGAAACCGGAAUUGAAACCAUUCGAAAGAAAGAAACCGGAAGUUCCGGAACAAGAGAAAGUACAGCUGAAACCAUUAAAACGCGAAGAAGUUCCAGAGAAACCGGAAGAAGAACAGCAGCCCGAGGAAGUUGAAUCGGUGAUGACUUGGGGCCUGAAACGAAAACCUAAGAAGCCUCUCGUGCCAAAAGAUGAGAAACCUCUCGAAAAGGAGGAAGAAAAGGCACCCGAAGAACGAAAGACGGUGGAAGACAAAACAAUAAUGAAAAAGGAAGAGGAAACGAUCGAAGAUUUUAAAUCGCUCGCCCUGAAACCGGUUAAACGCGGUAAGAAACCUGAAGAAAGGGAAGAUAAAGAAGAGAUCACGUUAAAGCCUGUUAAACAUCUUCCAAAGGAAGAAGAAACGCAGGAGGAAAUAAAAUUGAAACCAGUAGUCAAGCCAAAACCCGAAGAAAAAGAAGUUAAACCGUUAAAACCGGAAGUGGUGUCUAAGGUACCUGAAAAAGAACAACCACAGGAAGUUUCAGAAAUGCCGUGGCGUCGUGGUAAAAAGAAACCUGACCAAACAGUCUCCGAAGACGUGAUCGAAGACAAGAAAGUUGAAGAGGAGCAGGCAGAAGUAUCUGAAGUAAGUUGGCGUAGGCCACGAAAAGAAAAGGUCGUAAAAGAAGUACGAAAAGACGAAGAAGUCGAAGAUAUUUCAUCCGUUGUAUUAAAACCUACGAAACGAGGCAAGAUACCGGAAGAGAAAGCCGAAAAAGAGGAAGUGGUUCUGAAACCACUUAAAAAAUUACCGAAAGAGAAGGAAGCUCCUACAGAAAUGGCAGUCAAACCGGUAGAAUUACAGAAACCCGAGACAGUCGACAUCGGCGAAGUUUCAGAAGAAAAAUCUGAAUUGCCAUGGCGCCGUGGUAAAAAACCAGCUAAAAAGAUAGUCCAGCAAGAAGAAGCUAAACCAGAAGAAGUAACUUUGAAACCUAUCAAGCGACUAGAAAAACCAGAAGAAGAGAAACCGGAAGAAGUGACUUUGAAACCUGUGAAACCUCGUCCUAAGGAAGAGGAGGCGAAGGAAGAAAUAGCUUUGAAACCGUUCAAAAAAGAAAAACCAGAAGAAGAGAAACCGGAAGUUAAAUUGAAACCUUUCAGGCGAUUAGAAAAACCGGAAGAAGAGAAACCGGAAGAAGUGACUUUGAAACCUGUGAAACCUCGGCCUAAGGAAGAAGAGACGAAGGAAGAUGUAACUUUAAAACCGAUCAAAAAGGAAAAACCAGAAGAAGAAAAGCCAGAAGUAAAAUUGAAACCGUUCAGGCGAUUAGAGAAACCGGAAGAAGAGAAACCGGAAGAAGUUACAUUGAAACCUGUGAAACCUCGGCCUAAGGAAGAGGAGACGAAGGAAGAAGUAACUUUAAAACCGUUCAAAAAGGAAAAACCAGAAGAAGAGAAACCUGAAGUUAAAUUGAAGCCUUUCAAGCGAUUAGAAAAACCAGAGGAAGAGAAACCUGAAGAAGUUACUUUGAAACCUGUGAAACCUCGGCCUAAGGAAGAGGAGACGAAAGAAGAAGUAACGUUAAAACCAUUCAAAAAAGAAAAACCAGAAGAAGAGAAACCUGAAGUUAAAUUGAAGCCUUUCAAGCGAUUAGAAAAACCAGAGGAAGAGAAACCUGAAGAAGUUACUUUGAAACCUGUGAAACCUCGGCCUAAGGAAGAGGAGACGAAGGAAGAAAUAGUCUUGAAACCAUUCAAAAAAGAAAAACCGGAAGAAGAGAAACCUGAGGUUAAAUUGAAGCCUUUCAGGCGAUUAGAAAAACCAGAGGAGGAGAAACCAGAAGAAGUUACUUUGAAACCUGUGAAACCUCGGCCUAAGGAAGAGGAGACGAAGGAAGAAAUAGUCUUGAAACCAUUCAAAAAAGAAAAACCAGAAGAAGAGAAACCUGAGGUUAAAUUGAAACCUUUCAAGCGAUUAGAAAAGCCAGAGGAAGAGAAACCUGAAGAAGUUACUUUGAAACCUGUGAAACCUCGGCCUAAGGAAGAGGAGACGAAGGAAGAAAUAGUCUUGAAACCAUUCAAAAAAGAAAAACCAGAAGAAGAGAAACCUGAGGUUAAAUUGAAGCCUUUCAGGCGAUUAGAAAAACCAGAGGAAGAGAAACCUGAAGAAGUUACUUUGAAACCUGUGAAACCUCGGCCUAAGGAAGAGGAGACGAAGGAAGAAAUAGUCUUGAAACCAUUCAAAAAAGAAAAACCAGAAGAAGAGAAACCUGAGGUUAAAUUGAAGCCUUUCAGGCGAUUAGAAAAACCAGAGGAGGAGAAACCAGAAGAAGUUACUUUGAAACCUGUGAAACCUCGGCCUAAGGAAGAGGAGACGAAGGAAGAAAUAGUCUUGAAACCAUUCAAAAAAGAAAAACCAGAAGAAGAGAAACCUGAGGUUAAAUUGAAACCUUUCAAGCGAUUAGAAAAGCCAGAGGAGGAGAAACCAGAAGAAGUUACUUUGAAGCCAGUAAAACCUCGCCCUAAGGAAGAGGAGACGAAGGAAGAAGUAACUUUAAAACCGAUCAAAAAAGAAAAACCGGAAGAAGAAAAGCCGGAAGUUAAAUUGAAACCUUUCAAGCGAUUAGAGAAACCGGAAGAAGAAAAACCUGAAGAAGUUACUUUGAAACCUGUGAAACCUUGUCCUAAGGAAGAGGAGACAAAGGAAGAAGUAACUUUGAAACCAUUCAAAAAAGAAAAACCAGAAGAAGAGAAACCUGAGGUUAAAUUGAAACCUUUCAAGCGAUUAGAAAAGCCAGAGGAGGAGAAACCAGAAGAAGUUACUUUGAAGCCAGUAAAACCUCGCCCUAAGGAAGAGGAGACGAAGGAAGAAGUAACUUUAAAACCGAUCAAAAAAGAAAAACCGGAAGAAGAAAAGCCGGAAGUUAAAUUGAAACCUUUCAAGCGAUUAGAAAAACCGGAGGAAGAGAAACCUGAAGAAGUUACUUUGAAGCCAGUAAAACCUCGUCCUAAGGAAGAGGAGACAAAGGAAGAAGUAACUUUAAAACCAUUCAAAAAAGAAAAACCAGAAGAAGAGAAACCAGAAAUUAAAUUGAAACCUAUCAAGCGAUUAGAAAAACCAGAGGAAGAGAAACCUGAAGAAGUUACUUUGAAACCUGUGAAACCUCGUCCUAAGGAAGAGGUGACGAAGGAAGAAGUAACUUUAAAACCGAUCAAAAAAGAAAAACCGGAAGAAGAAAAGCCGGAAGUUAAAUUGAAACCUUUCAAGAGAUUAGAAAAACCGGAAGAAGAGAAACCUGAAGAAGUUACUUUGAAACCUGUGAAACCUCGUCCUAAGGAAGAGGAGACAAAGGAAGAAGUAACUUUGAAACCAUUCAAAAAAGAAAAACCAAAAGAAGAAAAGCCAGAAGAAAUUACUUUGAAACCGGUUCCUAAAGUAGUGCCCGAAAAAGUUGAAGAAAAACCUGAGGAAGAGAAACCAGAAACUUCUAUAUUACCGUGGCGCCGAGGCAAAAAGACUAAGAAGGUCGUCGAUUUCCGAGAAGAAGUUACAGUUGUUCCAAUCGAUCAAGAAAAAGUAGUUUCGGAUGUGCAGGAAGAAGAAACGACGGUUGUGGAACAGAAAGUAGUGACCGAAGUCGUUCAACAGGAAGUUAAAGAGAUUAUUGAAGAGAAACCAAAAGAAGCUCUUCCUUGGCGAAGGCCAAAAGAAACUGUCCAGGAGAAGAUUGAAAUCGUGGAAGUACAACCUGAAGUUGUACAAAAAGAAGAUGCAGUAGUAGAAGAAGUGACAGAAACGUCUGAGGUGUCCUGGAGAAAGAAACGGAAGCCAAUGAAACCGGCGGAGGAGAAGGAAAUAAUUCAACUAAAACCAGUCGAAAGGCACGAAGAAGUGGUUGAAAAAGUUGAAGAAAAAGCUGAAGAAGUGGUUCGGAAACCUGUUGAGAAGGCAAAGCCUCGAGAAGAAGAGGUACCCGAAUUGAAACCAAUCGAAUUAGAAGAAACCCCAGAAAAGCCUGAUGAAACGGAAGUGUCGGUUGUUGAAAUAAGAAAACGUCCUAGGAAGAAGCCCGAAGAGGUGCCUGUACCAGUGGAGAAGGAAGAAGUCGUCGAUGAGACGGUGGUUUCCUCCGCAGGUAUUCAAAUAACCAAAAAGGCGAUUAAAAUCGAAGCUAAGCAACAAGUCGCUCAAGAUGUGGUCGAGGUCGAGAAAAAAGAGAUCGAACGAGAAGAGAUUCAAGUCGAAGAUCGUAAGAGAAAACGCAGACAGCGUACCCAAGUGGACAUAUCUAUCACGGACAAAGACAAGAAAGUCGCACCAAGGUUCAUCCAGAAACUUCAACCUGUUAUCGCGGAACUCGAAAGCGUCGCAAAAUUCACAUGCACGGUCUAUGGCAAUCCAUUCCCCGAAAUAACCUGGUACAGAAACGAACAAGAACUUCACGCCAGUGAAAAGUACAUCAUAACUGUCUACGAAACGACAGCCACGUUGGAAAUAACGAAAGUGAAGGAAGAAGAUGUUGGCAUGUAUUCUUGCAGGGCCUCGAAUCCUGCUGGAGUAGCAACGUCCACUGUGAAUCUCGUUAUAUUCGAAAAAGAAGAGGAGGGCGUGGCGCCUCACUUUGCGUCGCCCAUCAAGCCGCUGAUGGUCGAGGAGCAGAAACCUGCUCUUCUGGAGUGCGUGGUCACCGGAACGCCCAUGCCGGAAGUGAAGUGGUACCGCGGCGAGCAAGAACUGAUACCGAAAAAAGGUAGAGAGAUCAGCUUCAAUCCUGAAACCGGAGAGGCGAAAUUGCACAUACUGGAGCCGACGCCGGAGGACGAGACCAUUUAUCGCGUCCGUGCCGUGAACAAAUUCGGUCGCGCCGAAUGCAGGGCGAAUCUCGUGAUCAGCAACGUGGUAAAGGUCAGCAAGCCAGAAGUUCUGAAAGCACCGAAGAUCACCAGACCGUUGCCAGCUCUGGUGGCCGAAAGUGGCAAGCCCUUAACACUGUCUGCUGAUUUCGAGAGCAAACCGACACCGGAAGUGAAAUGGUUCCGCAACGGAACCGAAGUCGUUCCCUCCGACAAGCGUGUAAUCAACAUCUACGAAAGCACCGCCGAAUUGUUCAUCCCCGAGGUGACGAAGAAAGAUGGCGGCAAAUACGAGGUCAGAGUUCAGAAUCCCGCUGGCGAGGCUAGAAGCUCGGGCUCCGUUACCGUCAAAGAACGCCCGGAUCAAACUGACGAGGUUAAAGCACCGAGAUUUAUCCAGCCGAUACAACCACAGAUCGUUGCCGAAGGAGAGGUCGUCAUUAUGGAGGCGCAAGUCGAGUCCUAUCCCACAGCCUCCUUCCAAUGGUUCCACGAAACUCGUCCUCUCGAGUCAACGCCACAAGUGAGGAUCGUGACACAAGAGAAUCGUUCGAUCCUGAUGAUAAAGGAAAUCAAGCCAGAGUUUGCUGGCACUUACACCUGUCGCGCGGAAAAUGUUGGCGGAUCGGUCACCUGUACGGCCACCAUAAAUCUGCUGGAUACACAGUGGGAAGAGACUGUCGAGUUGGUUUCACCGACAUUCGUCAAAAGAUUAUCCCCCGUGAGGGUGAUGGACGGUGAAAGCGCGAAUCUGACGUGCGUGGUGCAGGGAAAACCAACGCCCAGAGUCGAAUGGUAUCACGACAACAAACCGAUCAAAGAAGGCAAAGAAAUCACGAUUUUACAAGACACGGAAGGUGUCUGUAGUUUAGCGAUUACCGAGGUGUUCCCAGAAGAUGCUGGCGAAUACACUUGUCGUGCUGUAAAUCCUGUCGGAGAAGCCGUUUGUUCGACGUCGCUUGUCGUCGAAGCCUAUGAGUACGUGCCAGAUUCGGAAAUUGCAUCCUCGAUUGUUGCGACGUCGCUUACUACAGGGCAAAGUGGGUCCGAGGAAGAUCUCUUAUCUCCUAAGGAAGCUCCUCUGUUCGACACAGACACGGAGGAAUCCGCGCCAGAGAUAAUCAGAAAACUUCCUCAGUUAAUUCCAAUCAAAGAUGGAGAAUUAACCAGAUUGGAGGUGAAGACAAAAGGGAAACCGAAGCCAGAAGGAAAAUGGUACAAGCAGGGCGUAGAGAUCGUGCCGUCUCAAGAGUUCCAGGUCGAGGAAUUUGAGGAUGGCACGUCCGUAUUGACGAUCGCUGAAACUUAUCCCGACGACACCGGCGAGAUUGUGUUCGAAGCGCACAAUCCGCUCGGCGUAUCGACUACGACAACUUACUUAUCGGUAGAAGGAAUCCUCGGAACGAAGGAGUACAGGAAACCAUCGUGGGUGACCCAGAUGGAGGAGAUGCAAGAAGCUCUGAGAGCCACGCAAUCUGUACCACGAUUCAUUCAAGAAAUAACGGACGUUUAUGCGAGGGAAGGUGAAAGGGUGAUAUUCGAGUGCACGUAUUCCGGAAAUCCUGCUCCAGACGUUGUAUGGUACAGAAAUGACAAGUUGGUCAUGAACACGCAAAACGUGAAGGUACGUAUCUACGAGGAGGAGAUGAAGACGGCGCUGGAGAUCAAACACGCUACCGAAGAAGACGACGCCACUUACGUUUGCAAAGCCACCAGCGAAAUAGGUUUGGUGACCACAAAAGCCAAACUGCACGUUACGGACAUAAAAGCUGAUAAAACGUUCAUGGAUGAAGAGGAGAUCGUCGACGAACAGAUUAUAGAAGUAAAACCGAAGAAGAAGCCGGAGGAAGAGAAGCCACAUAAGAAGAAGAAACCCGAGUUGAAGAAGGCCAAAGAAGCGAAAGAGAAGGUCAAAUCAGAACGUGUUAAAAUAGACAAAAAGGAAGUGCGUAAGGAGAAGUUGAUCCCUAAAGAACAGCCAGAGGAAAAGAAAAUCGUCGAUGUCGAAGAGACUCAGGUACUCGAAACAACAGAAAUUAUCGACGAGAAACCUACAGAGGUAUCUCGAGCAAAGAAGGUAGUACCGAUCCAAGAACCAGUAAUGACGGAAGCAACCGCGUCUCUGAAGAAGAUCGACGAUCAGAAGAGUGGAGAAUUGUCAACGAAACCCGAGGAACGUGCGAAACGUGUGGUCGAGGAACGCGAAGGGGUGGUUGUCGUCUCGGAAGUGACCACCGAGGAUCUAGCACCAGAUUUUAUGGUGGAGUCAAUGAUCGACCGUGCCCAGGUAACUUCGGAAACCCUGCAGACGGUCUCUGUGUCGGAGGUGCAGACGGAAUCCAGCGUCCAGGAGAUCAAGCGAAUGGAAACGAAACAGAGAAAGGCGAAGAAAACGGUGGUGACCGAGGAGAAGGUGUUCGAGGAGAGGGCCAUCGAGGAGAAACCGAAGAAGAAGAAGAAGACGGACAGAGUGAAGGCACGAGAAGAGGUGACCAUCGAGGAAAUUGUCGAGAUGCAGAGGGAGAACAUCGCGAGAGAAGUCGAAGAGAUCAUGGAGUUGCUUCACGCGAAAGAAUUCGGGCCCGGUGAGGCUCCUCUUCGGGAACUGGCCACCAUUGGUUUCCUGGUGAGGCAAGGUGUCUCCGUGAACGAGAUCAACGAGAGUCUCUACAGAACGGACAACUUCCCGGCCCUGAGGACCCCCGAAGCUCAGAAUGCACUGGUUCAGCUGGUGGAAAGAGAAGGUCACGGUCCACUCAUCACUCAGGUUCUCACCGAAGAGACGACCACCGAUGAAAGCAUCGUGGCUGCCACCGUUGGUUUCCGUGCCUUCAUGAAAAUGAUCGAGCUUCAGCACGUCACCGUCGAGGAGGUGCUCACGCACUUUGCUCCGGAGGACUUCCGACCACGUGCUUGGGAGGUUACAGAGGCCACAGAAGUUGAAACGGAAGAACGUGUUACGGAACGAGUGGACAUCGUUCGCAAAACGGAGGUCCAUUUCAUGGAGAGGAGGGACGAACGAAAGGCUGUCCGCACGCAGGAUAUUCGAGACAUUAAAGAAUACGAGGACACACGGCAAGCACACACAACACUGCGCAAACCCAAAGAUACAAGUACGAAGGAACAGAUCGAAGAGAGAAAGGAAGAUAGGGACGAGGGGGUUCAGGUUGUAGAGAUCGAAGAGAUCGAGGAAACGGAACAAGAGAAGAAGAAGAAGCGAAAGGACGUGGAGGAAAUCGAGGAGGAGACUGAAACAGUAAUCGUUGAGACAGACAGAAAGGGCAGACUGACUCGAAAGAAAAAGAAACGCGAUGAUUUGGAGAAAGAAGUAGAGGAGGAGGAGGAGGAGGAGGAGAUUAUAGAGGAAGUGAAGAAAGCAUUGAAGCCAAAGCGGUCGCAAGUCGGCCGGGAUGAGUUGGAAUUGGAAGAAAUCGAGGAAUUCGAGGUGAAGGAAGACAGAUCUAUGCCUUCCAUCGUGUUGAAUGUAUCUAGUCAACGUCACGAGGUGGUGCCUUUGGACCGUACCACCGAACAGGCACCUGGAAAGCCUGAAUUCGAGAAAGCAAAGCUCACCAUGGACACCAUAACUCCGUUGACGGAGCACCUGGUGCCCGUUCAGGAGAAAGAAACCGACAUCAGCGAAACAAAGCCCAUCGAACGCAAAGCAUCCCUAUCCAUCUCACCCGUGGAGCCUUACUCGACCAUCGAGACGACCGUUCAAGCUUCCACCGGUGAAUUCUCGGACACUUUCAAGCCCACGUCGUACGAGGCGACGCCAGCGAUCGUUCCAUCCGAGAGUCUGGUCGUCAGCGAGACGCUGACCAACGACGCAGGCCUGUCCAGUUUAACGAUCGCCAAACAAGAAAUUACCAAGACGGCGGACGUCAGCGUGACCGUUCAGGAGGCAACGACCGUCUACGAGACGAUGGUCAGUCAGAAGGAAGUGCCCACAGAGGACUUUGUCACGCCACUGACUGCCAGAGCAGAGGACACCAUACUCCCGCAAAUCGGAUUAUCCGUCUACGAGGUCCAGGAAGGUCUAGCCGAGGAGAAACUCGAACCGACCAAGACUGUUCCAACCAAACCCAGAGUGAACGUUACAGCCGUCGAGCCACUGGUCGUCGAAGAGGUCCGUGCGGAGGACAAGCCGGGAAAAUACUAUCCAGAAUUGAUCGUUCCCACCGAGAUCGCCACGCAGACUAUCAUAUCUCAGCGACAACGUGUCACGGAGGAGAUGCACGCGCCUGAGAAGGAAGGCGAAUACGUGCCAGGAAGGCUGCCCCCGAGCCAACAGGCGCAGAUUGGAGUCCCCUACGGGAGCGAGACGGCCAUCGUGCAGCAGAAUUUGAUCCAAGAGAGCGAGGGAAUAUACGUUUCCGAAAGGAAGACCGACAGUUUCGUGGCUACGACGAACCUCACUCUGUUGGAAGGUGUCUCCGUAUCCACCAUCGAGACUCAAGACACGGAAGCUAAUUUAACGAUAGAAGAGACCAAGAAGGCAGUGGCUGAUUUGAAUGUCAUCGAAAUACCAUCAGCCGUCACGGCGGAGACUGUACCUUCGGAAAAGGAGAAGGAUUACCAACCAGGCGAGAAGCCAACCAGCAAAACAGCCGAGACGUCGAUAUUUUCGUUAGAAAUUGGCUCCAUCGCGAGUACCAUGGUUCAAGAAUCCGAAGGAAUCUAUCAUCCUGAGCAGAAACCCACAAAAGUUUUGGCGGAGACGUCCAUCAGACCGGAAGAAUACGUGCUGGUUUCGGAGAUCCAAACAGCCGAUUAUCCGUCAGACUUUACAGACGAACUGAAAUAUGUUCAGGAAAGUGGAACGGUGACUGUACAAGCGACGGAAGCUAAGAUGGUUCAGGAGACGAUGACUCACGAUCGCGAGACCAAAAUGGAGGAGAUGGCUAGGCCCGAGGAACGCGUCGUGGAGACCAGUUACGACGCUGUCAGGGGCGUCGAAGUGUUCCAAACCACCUCGAUAGAGAAAGAGGCCGAUUUGAAGAUAUUCGAAAUGCCUGAAUCGCACCGCGGAAAGACCGUGCCUACUCAUCCUGUUGUUUCGUUGGAGGUCGAAAUGACCCAGCCAGAGGACAAUUUAGGGGAAAUCAGCAAGGAAAUUCCAUCGUCUGGAGUGGCGAAGAUCGAACCGAUCAGCUUGCAAGAAACCGUCGUGGACGUGACGGUGGCUGACGAGGGACUCGCCCCGGUUCACGAGGACAAAGUUCCUGACUCGAAGGUAGCCGAGGUCGCCAUGAACGAGAUCGAGAGCUUGCACACCACCAUGGUGAUCGCCAGCGAGCAAGAAUCCGAGUAUACUCGGGAGGAGAAGGUGAAGGGAGCGUACGCCAGCACGGAAUUUACCACGCAAGACGCCACGAUGAUCGAAGAGGUGAGGACGCAUUCACCAACCGGGGAAUACGUGCCCGAGAAGCCCACUUCCGGCGUGGCUCAGCCCUCCCACGUUCCUCUGGAGAGCGUGACGGUGGCGAUGCAACAGCUAGCGGAGAAGGAGGAUUUGUACAAGACGGACGCGAAACCGGACGGAAAGACCGCUAUUGUGGAGCUCACGGAACCCAGACCUGGCGCUACGGUACUCGAAAUUAUUCCACACGAUCGAGAGAACGUUUAUAGUCCUGACGCCAGGCCCCAAGACUACACCGCUCAACCGUUGAUAUCCGGUCACACGGUGGCCUUGAAGUCGGAGACUUUGGCCGAGCAAAGCACCACCGACAUCAGCGUCGAUCAACCAAAGUCUGGCAAGGCGAUUCCUCAGCGAGAAGCUCUGGAGGAACUGGUCGUCACCGAGACGAACGUUGCAGAGACGGAAAAGCUCAGGGAAGCGGACGUUCUGCCAAGCACGCAGAGCGCAGAGAUCGAGAUCUGCUCCAUGACCGAGAAGCUCACCGUCACGGAAGUGACGAGCGCCCUGAGCGAAGAGAAAUUGCAAGUCGAGGAUAUACCGAAAGAGAGAACCGUCACGAUGGGAAUCACCAGUGGACACGAGGUGGCAGAGAUGCAGGAGACGAUCCUUGCCAGCAACGUGAACGUUUUAGAGGAAGAGAAAGCGAAGGAGGAGCGCGCCAGUCAACAGCAAACCGGGUUGGAAGUCGUCGAGCAAACGGAAAUAUCGGUCUCCGAGAAGGAAUCGCCUUUGCACGAGGACGUGAAACCAGACACCAAGAACGUAGAAAUCGUCUUCGAGGAAGGAGAAAAGAGCGUCGUCGUGGGGAUGACCUAUCCCGAGGACAAAGAGGGCGUAUUCACGCGCGAAGAUAAACCAAAAGGCGCAGAAGCUACCGUGGACAUCGAAACGCAAGGAGUAGCGUCCAAGUUCGAAGUGUUUAGCGAUACUGGCUUGACGGAGCUACCCGACGAGACCGUCACCGAAAUAAAGCCUAAAACCACGGUGUUACCCAUCGAAGCUGCCGUGGCCGAAGAGGUGCAGACCAGAGAAACCGAGGCGCCAUUCAGCGAGAUCAAACCAACGGACAAGAAAGCGACUGUCGAGUUCGUCGCAGGAGAAGGUCUGAUCGUGUCGGCGGUGACGGCAGAGGACAAGGAAAGCUUGCUGCCGGAAGCGGAGAAGCCUGAAACGAAAGCUGCCAGCUUCGAUAUUCCGACUCACGUGGUGGCUGAAACCAGCGAGACGACCACCACGGACAACAUCGGUGAAUUUAAACGCGAAGAGACCACUGCUGCGACAGCUACCACCGAUCACGUCACCUUCCAUAGCUUGGUGACCUCCGAGACUGCUCCCGGCGACCUGGAGAAACCGAUGGAGGACUUUGUGGAGCCCGACAAGAAGAUGGUCGAUGUCACGUUCGAGGAGGGCAUGGGAGUCACGGUGAUCGAGACCAUCGCGUCCGAUAAAGAGAAAGAGUACUUCGAGAAGCUGGAGAUCGAAGGUGAACAAGCUACUCUGAGCUUCGACGCGCACAGAGUGGCACAGAUGAUGGAAGUUACUCCGUCUUCUAUCUCGGGAGACUUGACAGUGCCGAAGCCAGCUACGUUCGCCGCGAAGGAGGAACGACUUCCGUUCGAGAGCAUCGUGCAGACCGAAACUGUCGUAUCGGAGACCGAGGAACGCUUCACGGACAAGCCUGUGAUAUCCAACAAGGCUCAAGUGUCCAUCAACGAGAUCAUCAGCGCAACGACCAGCACGGAAAUACCAGCCGACAAGGAGGAUGUCCUUCGACUCCCUGACAAGCCAUCGGAAAAACAAGCUAGCGUGGAAUUCGCUGGACGCGUGAUAGCAGAAAAGUCCGAGGUUACGGUGGACAGCAGCGCUGGUAAAUUGGAGGAGUUGAAACCGGUCUCAGCGUCCGCUGUGCCAUCCAGUAUUCCUUUGGAAGCGGUGAUUAGCUCGGAAACGCAACCAACGGAGCUAGAAGGGCUCUUGACGAAGGACAAAUUACCGACUCAAGCUCUGGCAGACUUGUCCGUAGUCGAGGAACAGAGCCUCCAAGUGUCUGCGGUGGUUUCGGAAGACAAGGAAGAGGAAUACAGAUCUACCGAGCUCCCAGAAACGAGAACAGCUGGGAAGAGCUUGGUGUCUGGUCACGUGGUAGCCGAAACUACCAUGCAAGUGGUCGAUUUCAGCACAGGUGAGCUCUUGGAACAGAAGCCAACCGAAGCAAUAGCCAUGCCAGAGCACGUUCCGUUCGCUUCGUUGAUCGAGACGCAACCUGUCGUGCAAGAAAGCGAGGAUAAAUUUGUACCCGGUUUGAUCCCAGACGACAAGAAAGCGAUCGUGGACCUCGAAGAGGGCAGAAACAUUGUGACCGUGUCUCAAGUGACUCCAGCCGACAAAGAGUCUCUGUACGUGUCCGAGGAGCAACCUUCCAAGCAUCUGGCGUCCGUUGGAUUGGACACCACGCAUGGAAUCGCCGAAACAACGACAAUCUCUGUCGAAGACACCGUGGCGGAGGUGGUCGUAGAGAAACUAGAUAGGAAAACAGCAUCCUCGACUCAGGAAGUGUACCAAAGCGUAGUGGUCACUCAGGAUAUUGUUCAGGAUCAGGAGAACGAGUUCGAAGGGAAAUUCAAACCCGUUACACAGAAGGUAGAAGUGUCCAUCGAGGAAGGGAAACGCGUGACUACGGUCACGGAGGUCAGCGCGGCUGAUCGAGAAGAAAUACUGAGGACCGUGCAAGAAGAGAAGACUCGAUCCGCGGUGCCAGGUAUUGUUGCUGGCCACGAAGUCGCCGAAAGAUCAGAAAUCGUUCCUCAAUUGACCACCGGGGAAGUGGAGAUUCCAAAACCCAUCACAGCAACGGCGCAAGUGGGCCAAAAACCAUACGAGACCGUCGAGACGACCGAGCAAGUCCUGGCGGAAAAGGAAGUGGACAAAGUCGAGGAGAUCGCGUUGCAGAUGACCAGCGCUCGCGUCACGGUGGACGAGAACAGAUUCAUCGCCAUCACCGAGGCGACCACUGCGCAAGACGUCGAAGAAGAACUCUCGGAGAGGAAGAAGCCUCGCGAAGAGACCGCGAAACCAGCCAUGGAGGGUAAAGAAGUUGCUCAACAGACGGAAGUGAAUCUGAGAGAAGGACUCGGCGAGGUCCCCCAGGCGCCACGACCAGCCUCCUUCGAAGCUCAGCCCACGCAAACCACCUUGGAGAGCGUCGACGUCAGCGAGACGGUCCCUCAGGAGCAUAGUUUGACGUUCGAGGGUAAAUUGAAGCUCGACGAACGCAGCGCCACGGUCAGCUUUGUGGAAGGAAAGAGCAUAACCGUUGCUCACGUCGUCACACAAGACAAAGAGGACAGUAUGGAUGCUCUGAAAUACGAAGAGAACAAGGCGGAAGUGACGUUGACGAAGGUGGGUAUGGACGUUGCACAGACGGCCCAGGUGUUCGUCGAUCAGAGCACCGGGUCUGUGCAGCCGCUGGAAAAGCACCAGGCGAAAGCUCAUCCUAAGCAAGACACCUUGGAGCCCAUCAUCGUCGAGGAGACGCCUAGCGCGGAACGCGAAGGCACCUUUGACAAUUAUCCAAAGACAGUGUCCUCUGUGGCGGUUCCAUCGUUCGAAGAGGGCCACGGAAUCUCGAUUACCGAGGUCACGUCUGCCGAACUGGAGUCGUUGCUGAAGGAACAAAAGCUGGACGCGUCUCAGACAGCCACCAGCACCAUCAUCACCGAGCGCAAUAUCCUCGAAACGACCACCGUCGAGUCUCGAGUGAACGUGCCUGACAAGGUUCAGGAGCUGGACGCGACGCCUCAGGUAGCCAUUACUGGCCAGGACACGUUCGAAAGCAUCAUCGUCAACGAGAGCGUCGUCGAGGAGAGCGAACGGACCUUCGAGGGCGCGUUCAAGCCGCAAACUCAAACCGCGGGCGUGGACAUCGAGAAAGCAAAGUCCCUGCAAGUUUCCGAAACCAUCACCGAGGACAAGGAAAGCGUGUUCGACGUUGCUCCUAAACGCGAGGGCGUCACAGCAACUCAGGACAUCAGUCUGCACGAGACCGUUGUAGGCUCGAUGGUGGAGAGUAUUCAGAGCACUCAAGAGAUUCGCGAGGAGAAACAAGCCUCCUCUCAAGCGACGGUCACUCAAACCGUGAUAGAAACAGCGGUGAAGACGGAGACGACGGUUGGCGAGAGCGAAGACACCUUCGAAGGGAAGUUUAAGCCCGAAGAACAAAAGGGCAAGCCUCAAAUGGAAGGGUUGAGCACGGUCACGGUCACCGAAGUGGUCUCCAGCGAGAUCGAGGACUUGCUACCAGCGGCUGUUGCUCCCAAAGAGCAACAAGCUCAGCCCACUUUAACCGGCAUGGAAGCUCCGGAAGUGACGCAGGUGAUCACAGCAGCCACCACGGAAGCCCUAGAAAAGACGACCAAGUUGAAGGAACAACAAGGCACGGUGGAACUGGAAGAACUCUCCUCCGUAGCGGUCAGCGAAGUAAUCUCCAAUGAGGCUGAAGACGUUCUCGCGUUGAAAACGGUUCCCAAAGACCAGAAAGCAGAGUUUAACAUUAUCGGAAGAGAGGCUGCGGAGACCUCUCAGGUGACGACGAUCGCUGAAACGGAGGAUCUCGCGCUGAAACGGCCCGAGGAACAGAAAGGCAAACCACAGGUGGACGAACUGACUCCGCUGUUGGUGUCGCACGUGAUGUCUAGCGAGGCGGAGGAGGCACUUCCUGCCCCGGAAGUUCCGAAAGAGAAAACAGCUCAGCCUAGCUUACUGGGAAGAGACGUCGCGGAGACUCUCCAAGUGUUGACGGUCGCCAGCGCGGAGGAAUUGGUUGCACCAAUGGCGCCCGAGGAACAGAAAGGCAAGCCUCAGGUCGAAGAAUUAGCACCGCUGAUGGUUUCUCAGGUGGUAUCGCACGAGGCGGAAGACACGCUGCCCACGCCGGAAGUGCCCGUCGAGAGAGAAGCGCAACCGAACUUAAUAGGCAGAGACGUGGCUCAAACUAUGGAGGUGUUGACAAUGUCGAACGUCGACACUUUGGCGGAAAGCAAGAAACCUGACGAGCAAAAAGGAGUCCCGGGUCUCGAGGAGUUUCUCUCUCUGUUCGUGUCGCAAACAGUGUCCACGGAAAUGGAGGACGCGUUGCCUACUCCCGAAGUUCCAACCGAGAAGAUGGCGCAGCCCAGUCUGCUAGGUCGCGACGUGGCAGAGACGAUGCAAGUGCUGACCAUGCUCAGCGCGGAGGAACUGACGACCAGUCGAGGACCCGAGGGACAAAAGGGGCAACCGAACGUGGAGGAACUGACCUCCGUGACGAUCUCGCAGACGGUGUCUCACGAGACGGAGGAGAUCCUCGAAAGCGUGGUUGCACCGAGCUCGGUGACGGCCAAGCCAGCGUUAUCCGGAAGAGAGGUAGCCGAGACCAGCCAGGUGCUGACUAUGACCAACGCGGAGGAGCUAGAGAAACCUCUCCUGCCCGAAGAACAGAUUGGAAAGCCACGAGUGGACGAAUUCGAGUCGUUGACGGUAUCUCAAGUGGUGUCUAGCGAGUUUGAGGAAACGUUGCCGACUCCUGAGAAGCCCACCGAGAAGAUUGCUCGUUCGCAAAUGACUGGCAGAGAAGUAGCAGAGAAGACGGAGAUACUGACAGUGACGAACGUCGAGGAGCUGCAGAAGCUGGAGCAGCCCGAAGGCCAGAAAGGAAAACCGGACGUGGAGGAAUUGAGCUUCAUCACAGUCUCCGAAGUAGUUUCUACGGAAAUGGAGAAGGAACUGCAGAGUCCAGAGGCUCCUAAAGUACGCAAAGCUCUUCCCCAGUUGUCCAGCAUAGAAGUGGCCGAAACGUCAGAAGUGUUGACAAUGACCAGCGCGGAGGAGCUACCGAAACCAAAAGCACCCGAGGAACAGAAAGGAAAACCACAGUUGGAGGAGCUGCUCUCGCUGUCGAUUUCGGAAUUUGCGUUCGGCGAGGCGGAAACCGGACUCCCAACGCCGGAAGAGCCCACUUCGCAGACCGCCAAGCCCAGUCUUCUGGGCAUCCAGGUCGCUCAGAAGUCUCAAGUGGUUCCGUCGUCGGCCACCGGGGAGCUGGAGGAAUCCGUGAAACCGGAAACCAAGCAAAUCGUUCCCGAACAAAUACCUUUCGAGAGCAUUCAACAGUUGCAACCGGUUCCCCAGGAGAGCGAAAUUACGUUCCAGGUGGAGAAAACGACGAAAACAGCGACGGCUGAUGUCUCGUUCCGCGUUUCCGAGAGCCUGGAAGUGAUGCAAGUCACAGCCACGGAACAGGAAGCUACAGAAGUGAUAAAAGGAGUAGCGAAAGAAGCGUCCGCUCAGCCAGACGUGAUCAGACGCGAAGUCGCCCUUAAAACCGAGAUCCAACCGGAAGUCGCACUCUCCGAGUUCAAUGUGACCAAACCAGAAAGUAAGACGGCCAAAGGCGUCGAAGAGAUUCAGCAAGGUGUCAUAGUAACCGAACACCUCACUGCUGGUGAGCUAGAGUCAGAACUGCCCGAGUCUGUAAUACCAUUCGCGAAGUUAGCGAGCGUUUCUAUCCAAGCCGAACACCUGGAACAAGUCGUGGAAACUACAGAAGUACCAGCGCAACAACAUCAUAUCACAAUUACACAACACACAACAAAACACGAUACGCCACAGCAACAGUCGAUCGAAUCCGACACAGAGGUAAUCGAAGAGUACACAACGAAAUUCAGGCGCGGGAGUACAGACGAUGAGACUGCAGCGGUCAAAACGAAGAAAACGAUAAUAAGAAAGAAAAAGCCGAAAACAGAGGAAGAGGAAAACAAUGUUGUCGUCAUCGAAGAAGAACUCGAGGAUAUUAAACCAAAAAUUCCAUCCAUACCGAAAAAACAAUUUAUGCCGAUAGAAGAAGUCACGACAGUGGAGGAUGUCGAAGAAAUAGUACCGACGAGAAUAGACGAGGCAGAGGAAGUAACGCCAAAGCAAGAAGAAACGGUAGACAUCAAAGUAAUCGAGGUUCAAGGAACGGACGAUACCAAGAAAAUAACGAAGAAGAAGAUUAUUCGGAAACGAGGAAAAACGCAACAAGUCACGGAGGAAAUAACGGUCGAAGAAGAUGGCAAAGCACCGAUAACGACGGUCGUGACGAAACCCAGAGAAAUGAUCGAAGAGAAACCAAUACUCGAAACGGGAGAAUAUGAGGAGGAGGAAGUACCGGAAGAAUAUACAAAACCGAUUGCUCCGUUACAAUACGUUACACCUACGGUAGAGAAAGUAGAAGAACAGGUCACCAUUACGGAAGAAACCACAAAAGAAGGCAAACCGAAAAAGACAACAAAGAAGAAAAUUAUUACACGCAAAGGCAAGGAACAACAAGUUACAGAGGUAUCUACGGUGGAAGAGCAGGGCAAGGCUCCAGUGACAACAGUAACAGAAGGUCCAGUCGAAGAAGUGGUUGAAGAAAUAAUAAAACCGUUACCUGCACCAGAGCGUAUUAAACCAACGGAAGUAGAAGAAGUUCGGGAGCAGGUAACAGUCACUGAAGAAGUAACGAAAUUAGGUAAACCUAAAAAGACGACAAAGAAGAAAAUAAUUAAACGAAAAGGACAAGAACAACAGGUAACAGAAGUUGUCACGGUCGAAGAACAAGGAAAAGCACCAGUGACAACUGUAACCGAGGGUCCUGUUGAAGAAGUAGUUGAAGAAAUAAUAAAACCAUUACCUAAGCCAGAAUACGCCAAACCAUCCGACGUAGAAGAAGUCCGCGAGCAAGUGACCAUUACACAGGAAGUCACAAAAUUAGGAAAACCAAAGAAGACCACAAAGAAGAAGAUUAUCAGGCGAAAGGGACAAGAGCAACAAGUAACAGAAGUUGUCACGGUUGAGGAGCAAGGAAAGGCUCCAGUAACGACAGUAACUGAAGGUCCUGUUGAAGAAAUAGUUGAAGAACUUAUAAAACCUUUACCUGCGCCCGAACGUAUUACACCAACGGAAGUAGAAGAAGUUCGCGAACAGGUGACAGUCACUGAAGAAUUAACAAAACUAGGUAAGCCUAAGAAAACAACAAAGAAGAAGAUUAUCAAACGAAAAGGACAAGAACAACAGGUAACAGAAGUUGUCACAGUUGAAGAGCAAGGAAAAGCUCCGGUAACCACUGUAACUGAAGGUCCAGUAGAAGAAGUAAUCGAAGAAGUAAUAAAACCACUACCUAAACGAGUACGUAUUCAGCCAACGGAAGUAGAAGAAGUUCGAGAGCAGGUAACAGUCACUGAAGAAGUAACAAAACUAGGUAAACCCAAGAAAACCACAAAGAAGAAGAUUAUCAAACGAAAGGGUCAGGAACAACAAGUAACGGAGGUAGUCACUGUCGAAGAACAAGGCAAAGCACCAGUGACUACUGUGACCGAAGGUCCAGUCGAAGAAGUAGUUGAUGAAGUAAUAAAACCGUUACCUCGGCUAGAAUAUGCCAAACCAUCUGAAGUAGAAGAAGUCAGAGAGCAAGUGACAGUUACACAAGAAGUAACACGAGAAGGCAAACCCAAAAAGAUCGUAAAGAAAAAGAUCAUUAAACGCAAAGGAAAAGAGCAACAGGUAACAGAGGAGGUCACGGUUGAGGAGCAAGGAAAAGCACCAGUAACCACUGUAACCGAAGGUCCAGUAGAGGAAGUAGUCGAAGAAAUAAUAAAACCAUUGCCUGCACUUGAACGUGUCGAACCAACGGAAGUAGAAGAAGUUCGUGAACAAGUUACAGUCACAGAGGAAAUAACGAAGCUGGGUAAACCUAAGAAAACCACAAAGAAGAAAAUUAUCAAACGCAAAGGAAAAGAGCAACAGGUAACAGAGGAGGUCACGGUUGAGGAGCAAGGAAAAGCACCAGUAACCACUGUAACCGAAGGUCCAGUAGAGGAAGUAGUCGAAGAAAUAAUAAAACCAUUGCCUGCACUUGAACGUGUCGAACCAACGGAAGUAGAAGAAGUUCGUGAACAAGUUACAGUCACAGAGGAAAUAACGAAACUGGGUAAACCUAAGAAAACCACAAAGAAGAAAAUAAUCAAACGCAAAGGAAAAGAGCAACAAGUGACAGAGGAGGUCACGGUUGAGGAACAAGGAAAGGCACCAGUAACCACUGUAACUGAAGGUCCAGUAGAAGAAGUAAUAAAACCAUUACCUAAACCAGUACGUAUUCAGCCAACGGAAGUAGAAGAAGUUCGAGAGCAGGUAACAGUUACUGAAGAAGUAACAAAACUAGGUAAACCCAAGAAAACCACAAAGAAGAAGAUUAUCAAACGAAAGGGGCAGGAACAGCAGGUAACAGAGGUUGUCACAGUUGAAGAACAAGGAAAAGCUCCAGUGACAACUGUGACAGAAGGUCCUGUCGAAGAAGUGGUCGAAGAAAUAAUUAAACCAUUACCAGCACUAGAACACGUAAAACCAUCACAAGUGGAAGAGGUGCGUGAACAAGUAACAGUGACAGAGGAAAUCACUAAGUUAGGAAAACCAAAGAAGACCACCAAGAAGAAAAUUAUCAAACGUAAGGGAAGAGAACAACAAGUGACAGAAGUUGUUACAGUGGAAGAACAAGGAAAGGCACCGGUAACGACUGUACAUGAGGGGCCAGUUGAGGAAGUCGUAGAGGAGACAAUCAUGCCACUACCUGCGCUAGAAUCUAUCAAACCGUCUAGUGUAGAGGAAGUGCGCGAACAAGUAACAGUCACUGAAGAAGUAACCAGAGAAGGCAAGGCUAAGAGGACCACUAAGAAGAAGGUUAUUAAACGUAAAGGAAAAGAACAGCAAGUAACAGAGGUUGUGACUAUUGAAGAACAAGGUAAAGCACCAGUGACAACAGUCACAGAAGGUCCUAUCGAAGAAGUCGUCGAAGAAGUAAUUAAAGCACUACCUGCACCAGAAUACGUACAGCCAUCUGAAGUUGAAGAGGUUCGCGAACAGGUAACAGUGACUGAAGAAGUUACUAAAGAAGGUAAACGAAAGAAAACCACCAAGAAGAAAGUCAUUAAGCGCAAAGGUAAAGAACAACAAGUAACCGAAGUAGUUACCGUCGAAGAGAAAGGAAAGAGACCUGUGACAACUGUCACGGAAGGUCCUGUAGAAGAAGUGGUUGAAGAAACCAUAAAAGCAUUGCCUGCUCCUGAAUUUGUUAAACCAUCCGAAGUCGAGGAAGUACGAGAACAGGUAACUGUUACGGAAGAAGUCACUAAAGAAGGUAAACCAAAGAAGACCACCAAGAAGAAGGUGAUUAAGCGGAAAGGUAAAGAGCAACAAGUGACCGAAGUAGUUACUGUUGAAGAAAAGGGAAAAGCCCCGGUAACAACCGUGACAGAGGGUCCUGUGGAAGAAGUUGUAGAGGAGACAUUAACGCCACUACUUGCACUAGAGUUCGCCAAACCGUCUAGUGUGGAGGAAGUGCGCGAACAGGUUACUGUUACUGAAGAAGUCACUGUAGAAGGCAAACCGAAGAAGACCACCAAGAAGAAAGUUAUUAAACGUAAGGGAAAAGAACAACAAGUAACCGAAGUAGUUACAGUUGAAGAAGAAGGUAAAGCUCCAGAGACAACUGUAACGGAAGGUCCCGUGGAAGAGGUAUUUGAAGAAACAAUAAAGCUAUUACCUGUUCCUGAAUUUGUUAAACCAUCCGAAGUGGAGGAAGUGCGAGAACAAGUAACCGUUACUGAAGAAGUCACUAGAGAAGGUAAACCAAAGAAGACCAUCAAGAAGAAAGUUAUUAAACGCAAAGGAAAAGAACAACAAGUAACCGAGGUAGUUACUGUUGAAGAAAAAGGAAAAGCUCCAGUGACAACUGUGACAGAAGGACCAGUUGAAGAGGUACUUGAAGAAACUAUAAAGGCAUUACCUGCUCCUGAAUUUGUUGAACCAUCCGAAGUUGAGGAAGUUCGUGAACAGGUAACGGUGACUGAAGAAGUUACUAAAGAAGGUAAACCGAGGAAAACUAUUAAGAAGAAGGUAAUUAAACGCAAAGGUAAGGAGCAACAAGUAACCGAAGUAGUUACUGUCGAAGAGAAAGGAAAGAGACCUGUAACAACUGUCACAGAAGGUCCUGUAGAAGAAGUAGUCGAAGAAACCAUAAAAGCAUUGCCUGCUCCUGAAUUUGUUAAACCAUCCGAAGUUGAGGAAGUGCGAGAACAGGUAACUGUUACCGAAGAAGUCACAAAAGAAGGUAAACCAAAGAAAACCAUCAAGAAGAAGGUUAUUAAACGCAAAGGAAAAGAGCAACAAGUAACCGAAGUAGUUACUGUUGAAGAAAAAGGAAAAGCUCCAGUGACAACGGUGACCGAAGGCCCUGUUGAAGAAGUGGUUGAAGAAGUAAUUAAAGCAUUACCUUCCCCAGAAUACGUACAGCCAUCUGAAGUUGAAGAAGUUCGGGAACAAGUUACUGUUACGGAAGAAGUCACUAAUGAAGGUAAGCCAAAGAAGACCAUCAAAAAGAAGGUCAUUAGGCGCAAGGGUAAACAACAACAAGUAACCGAAGAAGUUACUGUCGAAGAGAAAGGAAAGAGACCUGUGACAACUGUCACAGAAGGUCCUGUAGAAGAAGUUCUUGAAGAAACCAUAAAAGCAUUGCCUGCUCCUGAAUUUGUUAAACCAUCCGAAGUUGAGGAAGUGCGAGAACAGGUAACUAUUACCGAAGAAGUCACAAAAGAAGGUAAACCAAAGAAAACCAUCAAGAAGAAGGUUAUUAAACGCAAAGGAAAAGAGCAACAAGUAACCGAAGUAGUUACUGUUGAAGAAAAAGGAAAAGCUCCAGUGACAACGGUGACCGAAGGCCCUGUUGAAGAAGUGGUUGAAGAAGUAAUUAAAGCAUUACCUUCCCCAGAAUACGUACAGCCAUCUGAAGUUGAAGAAGUUCGGGAACAAGUUACUGUUACGGAAGAAGUCACUAAUGAAGGUAAGCCAAAGAAGACCAUCAAAAAGAAGGUCAUUAGGCGCAAGGGUAAACAACAACAAGUAACCGAAGAAGUUACUGUCGAAGAGAAAGGAAAGAGACCUGUGACAACUGUCACAGAAGGUCCUGUAGAAGAAGUGGUUGAAGAAACCAUAAAAGCCUUGCCUGCUCCUGAAUUUGUUAAACCAUCCGAAGUCGAGGAAGUUCGGGAACAGGUAACAGUGACUGAAGAAGUUACUAAAGAAGGUAAACCAAAGAAGACCAUCAAGAAGAAGGUCAUAAAGCGCAAAGGUAAAGAGCAACAAGUGACAGAAGUAGUUACUGUUGAAGAAAAAGGAAAAGCUCCAGUGACAACUGUGACAGAAGGACCAGUUGAAGAGGUACUUGAAGAAACCAUAAAAGAAUUGCCUGUCCCUGAAUUUGUUAAACCAUCCGAAGUUGAGGAAGUACGAGAACAGGUAACUGUUACCGAAGAAGUCACAAAAGAAGGUAAACCAACGAAAACCACCAAGAAGAAGGUUAUUAAACGCAAAGGUAAAGAACAACAAGUGACAGAGGUAGUUACUGUGGAAGAAAGAGGAAAAGCUCCAGUGACAACGGUGACAGAAGGUCCUAUCGAAGAAGUCGUUGAAGAAGUAAUUAAAGCAUUACCUGCACCAGAAUACAUACAGCCAUCUGAAGUUGAAGAAGUUCGCGAACAGGUAACAGUGACUGAAGAAGUUACUGAAGAAGGUAAACCAAAGAAGACCAUCAAAAAGAAGGUCAUUAGGCGCAAGGGUAAAGAACAACAAGUAACCGAAGAAGUUACUGUCGAAGAGAAAGGAAAGAGACCUGUGACAACUGUCACAGAAGGUCCCGUAGAAGAAGUUGUUGAAGAAACCAUAAAAGCCUUGCCUGCUCCUGAAUUUGUUAAACCAUCCGAAGUCGAGGAAGUACGAGAACAGGUAACUGUCACGGAAGAAGUAACUAAAGAAGGUAAACCGAGGAAAACAAUUAAGAAGAAGGUAAUUAAACGGAAAGGUAAGGAGCAACAAGUUACCGAAGUAGUGACUGUCGAAGAGAAAGGAAAGAGACCUGUAACAACUGUCACAGAAGGUCCUGUUGAAGAAGUGGUUGAAGAAGUAAUUAAAGCAUUACCUGCCCCAGAAUACGUGCAGCCAUCUGAAGUUGAAGAAGUUCGGGAACAGGUAACAGUGACUGAAGAAGUUACUAAAGAGGGUAAACCAAAGAAGACCAUCAAGAAGAAAGUCAUUAAGCGGAAAGGUAAAGAACAACAAGUAACGGAGGUUGUAACAAUCGAGGAACAAGGAAAAGCACCCGUAACAACUGUAACAGAGAGUCCUGUAGAAGAAGUGGUUGAAGAAACCAUAAAAGCAUUGCCUGCUCCUGAAUUUGUUAAACCAUCCGAAGUUGAGGAAGUACGAGAACAGGUAACUGUUACGGAAGAAGUCACUAAAGAAGGUAAGCCAAAGAAAACCACCAAGAAGAAGGUGAUUAAGCGGAAAGGUAAGGAGCAACAAGUGACAGAGGUAGUUACUGUGGAAGAAAAAGGAAAAGCUCCAGUGACAACGGUGACGGAAGGUCCUGUGGAAGAAGUAGUUGAAGAAGUAAUAAAACCUUUACAAGCUCCAGAACACGUGAAACCAUCCGAAGUCGAGGAAGUACGUGAACAAGUAACAGUGACCGAAGAAGUCACUAAAGAAGGUAAACCGAGGAAAACUAUUAAGAAGAAGGUUAUUAAACGCAAAGGUAAAGAACAGCAAGUGACCGAAGUAGUUACUGUCGAAGAGAAAGGAAAGAGACCUGUAACAACUGUCACAGAAGGUCCUGUAGAAGAAGUGGUUGAAGAACCCAUAAAAGCAUUGCCUGUUCCUGAAUUUAUUAAACCAUCCGAAGUCGAGGAAGUGCGUGAACAAGUAACUGUCACUGAAGAAGUAACUAAAGAGGGUAAGCCAAAGAAGACCACCAAGAAAAAGGUGAUUAAACGUAAGGGUAAAGAACAACAAGUGACAGAAGUAGUUACUGUUGAAGAACACGGAAAAGCCCCGGUAACAACCGUGACUGAGAGUCCUGUAGAAGAAGUGGUUGAAGAAACCAUAACAGCAUUGCCUGCUCCUGAAUUUGUUAAACCAUCCGAAGUCGAGGAAGUACGAGAACAGGUAACUGUCACGGAAGAAGUCACUAAAGAAGGUAAGCCAAAGAAAACCACCAAGAAGAAGGUGAUUAAGCGGAAAGGUAAGGAGCAACAAGUGACAGAGGUAGUUACUGUGGAAGAAAAAGGAAAAGCUCCAGUGACAACGGUGACGGAAGGUCCUGUGGAAGAAGUAGUUGAAGAAGUAAUAAAACCUUUACAAGCUCCAGAACACGUGAAACCAUCCGAAGUCGAGGAAGUACGUGAACAAGUAACAGUGACCGAAGAAGUCACUAAAGAAGGUAAACCGAGGAAAACUAUUAAGAAGAAGGUUAUUAAACGCAAAGGUAAAGAACAGCAAGUGACCGAAGUAGUUACUGUAGAAGAGAAAGGAAAGAGACCUGUAACAACUGUUACAGAAGGUCCUGUAGAAGAAGUGGUUGAAGAAACCAUAAAAGCAUUGCCUACUCCUGAAUUUGUUAAACCAUCCGAAGUCGAGGAAGUUCGUGAACAAGUUACAGUUACCAAAGAAAUAACUGAGGAGGGUAAACCUAAAAAGACGACCAAGAAGAAGGUUGUUAGGCGUAAAGGAAAAGAACAACAAGUAACCGAGAUCGUCACUGUCGAGGAACAAGGAAAAGCUCCGGUGACAACUGUGACUGAAAGCCCUGUUGAAGAAUUGGUUGAAGAAACUGUGAAACCACUACCCGCGCUAGAAUAUGUAAAACCAACUGAAGUGAUGGAAAAACCGGAAGAAGUAACUGUCACUGAAGAAGUUGUGGAGGAAGGCAAACCAAAGCGGACUGUGAAAAAGAAGAUUAAACAGAAAGAAGUUCGCGAAGUUGUCUCCGAUGUUGUGGCGGAAGUGGAUGAAACUAAACCUGGCGAACUUCCUGUUGGUGAAACUAAGAAACUCGUUAAAUUGCAGCGUGUUAAGGUUACUAAAUUCGAAGCUACGAAACUAGAUGUGCAGGAAGUAUCCGUAGAUAAACCACAAUUUGCUCAAAUAAAAUUGCGCAAGACACCAGUAGCGAAACGUCCAGAAGAGAAGAAGAAGAAAGAGAAGUUUCCUCGUAUUUUGCUACGAAGUCGCAUUACUGCCACCGAGUGGCCUCCAGGUCUCAAGCACUUGAAGCUCACUGAACUCGAACCGAAUGAAAUUCAAAAUGGCAUUCUGUCCCGUAACGUCGAGGAAGCCGCAACCUUACCAAAAUUGAAGAAGAAGAAGAAGGUGAAGCACUUGGAGAAGGAAAUAGCCAAGUUGGAACAGCUCGAUAAGGAAUUUGCUGAGUUGAAGAAAGAAUUACCGUUGGAGAAGCUGGACGAGCCAGUACCUGAAGAGAAGCCGGAACGAAAGGUCAAAAAGAAGAAGAAACCUGAAGAUAAAGUAACGGAGACUGUGAAACCUCAAUUGAUGAGAAUCAGUAUCAAAGAACAGAAAGCAACUAAACCGAAAAUCCAAGAACCUGCCACACCUCUGUUUGCACAAAUCAAAUUAAAGAAAGCUCGUGUUGUUCCGAAGAAGGUUGACAAGGAUGAAAGCAAGUUUCCAAAGAUUUUGUUACGCAGUCGCAUAACUGGCCACGAAUGGCCGCCAUCUAUACAAUAUCCAGUGAUAACCGACUUGGAGCCAAUUUACGUACAAAGCGGUAUAAUAUCUCGAACGAUGGAAGAAGCAAUGAAGCUGAAGAAGGUAAAACGCAAGAAAGUGAAGCUUUCUGAAAAGGAGUUGAUAGAAUUGGAAAAACUGGACCAAGAAUUCGAAGAAUUAAAGAAAGUCCCAUUGGAGAAGGUCGAAGAGUUAGCCCCGUAUGAACGUAAACCGAAACCUAAAGAAGUCGAAGAAGAGAAACCAAAGAAAUUAAAGAUUGGGAAAGGAAAACCUCGGCCUGUAGAAGAGGAAGACCAAGAAACUGUUCGUUUGAAGAAAAUACCGGAGAAGGCUCCAAGCGUUUCCGAGGAAACGGUUCCCGUUCCGAAAGAGAAAGACGAAGUGGAGAAACCUAAAGAGAAGAAGGACAAGCCCGAGUAUCCCGAGUUAGAACCGUUCGAGCCUUACGAUGUGGAAAUCGGUGAAGUUGACUUGGAAGAAAGAGAGAAGCCAGAGUAUCCUGAACCAGAGAAACCAACGCCUAAGAAAGUUCCAGGUAAAAAGCCAAAGAAGGAACGUAAAACACCGGCUCAAGACACAGAAGCUGUCCCCAUCGUGCCUGGCGUUCCAAAGCCUCGAGAACCCGAAGAGGAAGAAGAGAUCAAGAGAAGAAUUCCUGAACGCGAUGCUCCAACCGAGGAACCAGAGCAGAUAAAACUGAAACCGUGGAAGAAACGCGACGAACCGAAGGAAGAAGAUAAAGUACCCGAAGAGUACAUAAAGUUCGUUCCGAAGGACGACGACAUUGUUGAAACUGUUGAAGUUGUCACUACCGUAGAGACCGAAGAGACACCGGAGAAGAAGGUACGAAAAAUUAAAAAGAAGAAAACCACCACCAAGCGUGGAGACGAGAAACCAAAGGUCGUCGAAGAGACAACGAUAGAAGAAGAUGGCGUCGAGCCUGUCGUUACCGUCGAAGAAUUCGACGAGGAUAAACCGGAAGCUUUGCCAGUCGUGUCUGUCGAGAAACCCGCGCCUGUGGAAGAGAUCAAAGAAGAAAUAGUUACGAGCGAGAUCGUUACCGAAGAAGGGACAAAGAAAACGGUGCGCAAAAAGCGCGUGACGAGGAAACGAGAAGGUAAAGAACGGGUCACCGAAGAGGUGAUCGUCGAAGAGGAAGGUAAACCACCAUUAACAGCAACAAUAGAACCCCACGAAGACACUACACCAGAAAUACACGAAAAACCCAAACACAAAAGACCGAUUAAACCCAAAGCUGAUGAGAAAGUACCAGAAGAUGUCACGGAGAAGGGAUCGCAACAGGUAAGAUUAUAUGAAGUCAUCGAGGAAGUCGAAGAAGUCAAGAAGGUCACGAAGAAGAAGAAGAAGCCUGUUACAGCUAAAGAUGAAGUGACGGAAGAAAUCGUGGAAGAGAUAACGAUAGAAGAACCUGAGAGACAGAAGGCUAAACCAAUCGUGGAAGAGGAAGAAGAGACGGUGACGAUAACCGAGCUCGAUGUGAGGAAAGCGCCCAAGAAGAAGAAGGAGGUUGUCAUCAAGGAAGAGGAGGAAAUUUUCGAGACCAUCGAAACACCCACGCAAAAGAUCAUUAGAAAGAAGACACGCCCUAUGAAGAAGGGCGGAGAAGAGAUCGUGGUCGAAGAAAUAAUUCAGAAACCCCGCGAAGAAACUAUCGAAAUGGAGGAGCAACAAAUAAUGGAGGUCGUGGAAACUCCAACGAAGAAAAUCGUUAAGAAGAAGAAGGCGAUUACGAAAGACGACGGAGUUCCGGAAGAGAUCGUUGAAGAAAUAAUUAUCGAAAAGCCACAGAAAGAAAAGGCGAAACCCGCCGUGGAAGAAGAAAAGAAGACCGUUAAGGUAACGAAGGUCGAUUUGAAGAAAGCACCUGAGAAGCCGGAAGAAGUCGUCGAGGAGGAAGAAAUAAUUGAAACGAUCGAGACUCCGACGAAGAAGAUCAUUCGUAAGAAACCCAAGGGGAAGAAAGACAAAGUGGUCGAAGAGAUUAUUGAGAAAACGGUGGAAGAAGGAAAGACUAUGGAGGAACAGGAAAUUGUAGAAAUAAUUGAAACGCCUACAAAGAAGAUCAUCAAGAAGAAGAAAGCAACGAUAAAGGAAGGUAAAGCGCCCGAGGAAGAAGUCGAAGAAAUUGUGAUCGAAAAGCCUGUCAAAGAAAAGGCUAAAAAGGACAUAGUCCCUAAAGAAGGUGUAGAGAUCACGGAAAUUAUCGCGGAAACGCCUGUCGAGAAGCUUUUGGAAGAAAAAGCGAAACCGGAAGAAGCCACGCCAUCGGAAACAACAGAAGAAAGAGCUAAAGUAAUGGAAGUGGUGGUUAAGAAAGCGCCCAAAAAGAAGAAGACUGUUACUGCCGUCGAGACAACAGAAACUGAAGAAAUUGUAGAAGAAGUGAAACCUGAGGUGCCAGUGGAAGAAAAAGCAAAACCAAUCGUUACGGAAACGGAAGGCGUCCAAGUGACCGAAGUGGUUACAGACGUGACUACGGAGGAACUUCCUGAGAAGGUUAAACCUAAAAAGAAGAAAGCAACCGAGAUCAAGGAAACAGAAGAGAAAGUAGUAACAGAAAAAGUAACGGUAAAGGAAGCACCAAAAGAAGCUGUGCCAGAAGUGGAAGAACAACCGGUCGAAGAAGUGCAAGAACUUGUUCCUGAAAAGCCAAAGAAAACUAAAGCAAAGAAAGAAAUUACUCCGAAGGAGGGUCUCAUAACGACCGAAGUAGUCGCUACAACUGCGGAAGAGAUAUUAGAAGUUGAGAAACCCGAAGAGGACAAAGCUUUGGUGACCGAAGAAGAAAAAGAGACAGCUACCGUUGAAGAAAAGAAGGUUACUGUGAAAAAGGCACCCAAGAAAAAGGUGAAACCAACGGAAACUGAAGAGGAACAAGUAGAAGAAGUUGUGGAAGAAAUAACGCCUGAAGAACCAAAGAAGAGGAAAGCUAAGAAGGCUGUUCUUCCUAAAGAAGAAAUACAAACGACCGAAGUGGUGGCUGAAGUUACAACGGAAGAGAUACCUAAAGACAAGAAACCGAAGGAGGAGAAGGCUGUGCCCACGGAGGAAGAAAAGAUUCAAGAGGAGGCAAAGGUCACUGAAGUUUCCGUAAAGAAAGUACCGAAGGAAAAGAAACCGAAAGAAGAACCGAUUGUAACAAAUGGUGAAAUGAUAAAAGAAAAGCCUGAAGAAAAGGAGGUUCCUGUUGAGAAACCAGAAGAAAAAGAGGAAGUUGCAAAAGUUCCUAAAGAAAAACCAAAGAAGAAGAAAUUGCCGACAGAGAAGAAACCUACUGUAUCAGAGGAGGAACAACGCGAAGAUAAGAUAGAAGAAAUAAUAGAAGAGAAGCCAAAGAAGGUGAAAGCUAAGAAAGAAGUCGUUCCAAAAGACAGCGUAGAAACGACUGAAGUUGUUCCAGAAAGCGUGGCGGAAGAAUUGCCGACCAAGAAGCCCGACGAACGCAAAGCUGUGCCCGUCGAAGAGAAAGAAGAUGUGGUAGAAAUAACGGAAGUGCCGGUAGAAAAGGCUCCGGAAGAGAAGAAGGAAGAAGUAACUGAAGAGAAACCCGUCGAAGAAGUGCCUAAGAAGCCAAAGGUCGUGAAGAAGAAGAAGAAACCAGCCAAGAAAGACGAAUUGGAAGAAUGGGUGGAGCCUGAGUAUGAAAGACCUGUUCUGGAGCCCAUGCCUGAGAAGAUUCAAUGGGAACCGACGAAAAAGAAGAAAGAGAAGAAGCCUUUGCCUGAAUCCAUGCAGAAAUUGGUUCCACAAAAGAUCGAGAGGAAAGAGUUCAAGCCGACAAAAUUAAAGUAUUCCGAACCCACGGAAACGAUACAAUUCGCUGCCAUCAAACUGAAGAAGGUAGCAGCCCCGAAGAAGAAAGAGGUCGCUGAGACUAAAUUGCCAAAGAUUAUGUUGCGCAGUAGAAUCACUUUCGUUGGUGAUUAUCCGCCAGAAUUGCAGGUUCCAAAGAUAAGUUACAUGGAAGAAAAUCCAGUUCAAACGGGUAUCCUUUCUAGAAAUACGGAAGAAGCUCUGAAACUACUGAAGAGAAAGGUAAAGAGAGUUAAGCUUUCUGAAAAAGAGGUUACACAAUUGGAAAAGUUGGACCAAGAAUUCGAAGAAUUAAAGAAAGUUCCAUUGGAGAAAGCCGAAGAGUUAGCCCCGUAUGAACGUAAACCGAAGAAAACGCCCAAAGAACCGGAGGAACCACAGAAAUUGGUCGUUGGAAAGGGUAAGGUACUGGAAGAAGAGAAACCUGAGCCUGAAAAAGUGAAAUUGAAGAAAAUACCUGAAACGAAACCGGAAGAAGUUACAGAACCCGUUAAGAAACCUGUAAAACCAGAACCAGAGGAGGAAGUUAAGCCGGAAAAGAAAAAGAAACCAAAAGUGAAAUUGGAACACGAUGAAUUUAAACCACUGGAAUUUGACAGACCAGAAUUGGAGAAAUAUGAGCCUGAGGAAGAAGAAAAACCAGAGAAACCGGAACCUGAGCCAAUUCCAAAGCCAUACGAAAAAGAGAAGAAGAAGAAACCGGAUCAAGAGAUUGAGCAGAUUCCGUUGAUAAAGGGUGAACCAAAGCCACCAGAACCGGACGAGGAACCAGAAGUCAAGUUCAGAAUACCAACGAAAGAGAAACCAGAAGAGGAACCAGAAAAAAUAACGUUAAAAGGUUGGAAGAAAGAUAAACCUGAAGACGAAGGUGAGAAAGAGUUCCCAGCAAAGGAAGAGGAAGAAGCUCCGAAAGCUCCGAAAGAAGAAGCUGAAGAUGUCACUGUGAAACGGAAGCCUAAAGCUAAAAAACCCAAAGAGAAGCCUCCAAAAGAAGAAGAAGUUACAAUUAAGAAGCCUGAACCUAAGGAACCAGAAGAAGUUCCGGAAAUAACCGAAGAAAUUACUUUGAAGAAAGAACCGGUGAAACCAAUCGAGGAAGCUCCAGCCGAAGUUACGAUCAAAAAGCCAAUUGUCGAAGAAAAGGAAAUAGUAGAAGAGGAAACGGUGACGGAAGUUACUUUGAAGAAGAAACCGAAAAAACCAACUGAAGUCGCGGAAGAAGCGAUCGUAAAGAAACCAAAGAAAAAGCCUGUCAAAGAGGAAGCAGCUGACGAAGUUACACUGAAGAAAACUGUCACAGAAGAAAAGGAAGUGGAGGAAGUUGAAGAAGAAGUUGUAAUAAAGAAAAAACCGAAGAAGGUACCUGUACCGGAAGAAGUAAGUGAAGAGAUUACACUGAAAAAACCAGAGCCGGAAGAAAAGGUGAAACUUCCGGAAGAAGUAAGCGAACAGGUAGAACUAAAGAAACCAAAGAAGAAGAAGAAGCCAGUAGAAGAAGAAGCUGCCGAUGAAGUUACCAUUAAAAAGGUUGUUGUAGAAGAAAAACCGGAAGAAGAGGUUCCUCAAGAAGUGACGCUGAAAAAGAAGAAGCCUAAAGAGAAACCUGUUCCAGAAGAAGUCACUGAAGAGAUUACAUUGAAGAAACCAGAACCGGAAGAAAAGGUAAAAGUACCGGAAGAAGUAAGCGAACAAGUGGAACUAAAGAAACCGAAAAAGAAGAAGCCAGUCGAAGAAGAAGCAGCUGAUGAAGUUACCAUCAAAAAGGUUGUUGUCGAAGACAAACCGGAAGAGGAGGUUCCAGAAGAAGUAACGUUGAAAAAGAAAAAACCGAAGAAGGUACCUGUACCGGAAGAAGUAAGUGAAGAGAUUACACUGAAAAAACCAGAGCCAGAAGAAAAGGUGAAACUUCCGGAAGAAGUAAGCGAACAAGUGGAGUUGAAGAAACCGAAAAAGAAGAAACCAGUGGUCGAAGAAGCUGCCGAUGAAGUUACUAUCAAAAAGGUGGUUGUCGAAGAAAAACCGGAAGAAGAGGUUCCUCAAGAAGUGACCUUGAAAAAGAAGAAGCCUAAAGAGAAACCUGUUCCAGAAGAAGUCACUGAAGAGAUUACAUUGAAGAAACCAGAACCGGAAGAAAAGGUAAAAGUACCGGAAGAAGUAAGCGAACAAGUGGAACUAAAGAAACCGAAAAAGAAGGAACCAGUGGUCGAAGAAGCAGCUGAUGAAGUUACCAUCAAAAAGGUUGUUGUCGAAGAGAAACCGGAAGAAGAGGUUCCUCAAGAAGUGACGCUGAAAAAGAAGAAGCCUAAAGAGAAACCUGUUCCAGAAGAAGUCACUGAAGAGAUUACAUUGAAGAAACCAGAACCGGAAGAAAAGGUAAAGGUACCGGAAGAAGUAAGCGAACAAGUGGAACUAAAGAAACCGAAAAAGAAGAAACCAGUGGUCGAAGAAGCAGCUGAUGAAGUUACUAUCAAAAAGGUUGUUGUCGAAGAGAAACCGGAAGAAGAGGUUCCAGAAGAGGUAACGUUGAAGAAGAGGAAACCUAAAGAGAAACCUGUUCCGGAAGAUGUAAGUGAAGAGAUUACAUUGAAGAAACCAGUACCAGAAGAAAAAGUGACAGUGCCGGAGGAAGUAAGCGAGAAAGUUGAAUUAAAGAAACCGAAAAAGAAGAAACCAGUGGUCGAAGAAGCUGCUGAUGAAGUUACUAUCAAAAAGGUUGUUGUCGAAGAGAAACCGGAAGAAGAGGUUCCAGAAGAGGUAACGUUGAAGAAGAGGAAACCUAAAGAGAAACCUGUUCCGGAAGAUGUAAGUGAAGAGAUUACAUUGAAGAAACCAGUGCCAGAAGAAAAAGUGACAGUGCCGGAGGAAGUAAGCGAGAAAGUUGAAUUAAAGAAACCGAAAAAGAAGAAACCUGUAGUCGAGGAAGCUGCUGAUGAAGUUACCAUCAAAAAGGUUGUUGUCGAAGAAAAGCCGGAAGAGGAAGAUGCUCCGAUGGAGGUUACUUUGAAACCGAAACCUAAGAAGAAGUCAAUUCCAAAAGAAGAAGAAGAAGAAGAAACUGCUGAAGUGACUUUGACGAAACCAAAACCGGUCGAAGAAGAAAAGAAACCGGAAGAAGGUGAACUGACUCUGAAGAAGAAGCCAAAGAAGAAACCCGUUGUUGAAGAAGAAGCUGCCGAAGUAACAAUAAAGAAAUUAGUGCCCACGGAAGCUGAAGAAGCACCAGAAGAAUUCACGAUUAAGAAGAAGAAACCAGAAAAGAAGCCAUCUGUAACGGAAGAAGUAGAAGAAACCGCGAUAACCAUAAAGAAAGCUCGUGCUCCGGAAAAGCCUGCCGAGGAAGAAGAAGUGUCGACCGAUGUGCAAAUAAAGAAGAAAAAGCCAAUUCGAAAGGUCGAGGAAGAUGCUGCUGAGGAACUGACGAUCCAAAGAAUCGAAGAAGUUGAACAACCUGAGGAUGAAGUGCAUGAAUUCACGUUCAAGCGUAAACCACCGAAGAUGGCUCCUAAACCGAUCGAAGAAAUUUAUGAAGACGUUACCCUUCGAAAACUGCGACCAAAGAAGAAACCCAAACCAGACAUUAAAGAAGUCACGGAAACAGAGAACGUGACAUUCAGACCACGCAGUACAAAGACCAAGGAAGACGUGGAACAAGAAUUUAAAAUAUCUUUGAACACGUACGAGGAAGAAGACAUCUCCAUGUCUGGAAAAGUUCGUCUGAAGCCAAAGAAACGUCCGAUGACGUUCUCCGAAGAAGCUGGAGAAGAAACCAUCAGAAUUAUGCAGGAAGUGGAGGACGAUUCAGGCCCGAUCAUUGAAGAAAUAAUUGAUGAAUCGGACGAGGAAGCCAAGGACGAAUAUAGCAUCGAGGAAUUGGAAACCGACGAGAUGAAUUUGCCUUUGAGGAGAAAGAAAAAGAAGGUACCCAGGCCGUACAAAGUCGAAGACGUCGAAGAGGGUGACGUGAAAUUGAAAUUGAAACGCGAGAGAAAGUACUCGAUCGAAGAAACCGACGAGUCGUUGGCAUUAAAGCUGAAGAGCAAGAGACGUGUUUCCACAUACGACGAAGAAGAGGCCACGCUUAGUAUCACCAGAGAAGAGGACAUUUCAGAGGAAGAAGAGAUCGAGUACAUAGUUCGCGAUGGCGACACCAUGUUCUCGAUCUGCUCUUACGUGGCAGAAACUGACGAAGCCAUCAAUCUUGUCGAAGGAGAAAGAGUUUAUGUCAUCGAUCACACAAAUCAGGACUGGUGGUUCGUGAAGAAGCAUUUGACGAAUGAGAAGGGUUGGGUUCCAGCGCAAUAUCUUCUCAACGAAGUACACUAUACCCAUUAUCUUCAACGCAAAUUGCACGAGAAAAUCGACAAAUUGCCAGUGUUCGAAAAACCCGUGCCCGGUGAGCAAUCGUCUGCACCGAAAUUCGUUGAAAAACUACAGCCGAUUCACACGCCAGAUGGUUACACGGUUCAAUUCGAGUGUCAAGUGGAAGGUGUACCGAGGCCGCAAAUAACCUGGUUCCGACAAACCGCCAUCAUUAAGCCGUCUCCUGACUUCCAAAUGUAUUACGACGACGACAAUGUGGCGACUUUGAUCAUCAGAGAGGUGUUCCCCGAGGAUGCCGGCACCUUCACCUGUGUCGCCAAAAACACGGCUGGAUUCGCGUCCAGUACCACAGAAUUGGUCGUAGAAGCGCCUCUUUCUGAUCACGGAUCAGACCUAACUGGUCCAUCGAGAAAGAGCCUUUCGAGAGAAUCGUCCCUAGCCGACAUCUUGGAGGGAAUACCACCGACGUUCUCUCGCAAACCUAAAGCGAAAUACGUGAACGAGGGCGACGACGUGAUAUUAGAGUGUCGACUGGUAGCUGUACCCGAACCGGAAAUAACUUGGUACUACAAGGACACGAAAAUCACGAGCAAAGAGAACAUCGUGGUCGUCACUGAAAGCGACAUGCACAUGUACUGCAGCGUGAUCAAGAUCACCAAAGUGCAGAAGAAGCAGGAAGGAAAGUACACCAUCGUUGCUAAAAACAGAGAAGGUGAAGCUAACAUCGAGAUUCCUAUGAAGGUCAGGACAGGAAAACACGAACCACCGGAGAUUCUAGAACCCCUACAAUCAUACGUGGUGAGAGAAGGAGAAACCGUGUUAUUGUCGACUCAAAUCGUCGGAAACCCUGCGCCCAAAGUCACCUGGACCAAGAACGGCAAACCACUAAAGGGCUUGUCACCGAAACAAGAUGGCCACGUGAACACAUUGACUCUCAUUCAACCCCAAGUGUCUGACACUGGGGAGUAUUCGGUAGUGGCCACCAACGAUCUUGGCACUGCCGAGACUAAAGCAACAUUGACAGUCGAAAUCAACUCGAAGCCUUCGUUGAGCAUUAAUAUCCAACAGCACACGUAUGAACACUUCAGCGUGAUUAAGGAAAUACCAAGCGGAGCUCCAGAACCGCCAUUGUUCACGGAACGGUUCCAAGAAGUUACUGUUCCAGAGAAAGGUACAUUUAAACUGGUGGCAAAGGUUACUGGAAAUCCUGUACCAGAAGUUUCGUGGUUAAGGAACAACAUGCCGUUGGAAAAAUCUCCGAACAUCACGGAAGUCUAUGACGGGGAGAAUAUUUCCUUGGAAAUUCGAAACGCGGAUUCAGAGGUGGAUUCUGGCGAUUACAAAUGCAUUGCCAGCAAUCCCGUUGGAAAAACGUCGCACGGUGCAAGGGUCACGGUGGACGUCGAAAAAGUAACGUUUACGAAGAUGUUGGAGAAGGAAGUCGUCGUCGACGAAUACAAAAUGCUGGAACUGACCUGCGAAACGUCCCAUACCGUCUCCACGAAAUGGUGGCACAACGACAAGGAGAUCAGUGGAAUGGAUCACCGCGAAAUCAUCCAAGAAGGACACGUGCACAAGCUGGUAAUCAAGAAAUCAAGCCCCACGGACGAGGGUAUUUACGAGUGUACUGUGAAAAAUCAAUCAACGUCCAGCAAAGUCACGGUGAAAGCCACCAAACCGGAGUUCGUGAAGAAGUUGUUAGAUUGCGAGGUGAAAGAACGCGAAGUCGCCAUUUUGGAGGUAGAGAUUACGUCGCAGACGGCUGACGUUAAGUGGUCUAAGGACGGCGAACCAUUAGGACCGGGCAAAGAGAAACUAGAAUUCGUGAAAGAUGGUACUGUCAGAAAGUUGCUUAUCAGGGGCACAUCCGUCCACGACGAGGGAGAAUACACCUGUUCUCUCUUGGAUCAAGAAUGCACCGCGGAAGUCACUAUUAUCGAAUUGCCACCAGAAAUUAUUACCAAGAUGCAAGAUGUAACAAUAGCAAGGGGCGAAAAGGCAACAUUCGAGAUCGAAUUAACAAAAGGAGAUGCAUUGGUACGAUGGUUUAAAGAUGGACAAGAGUUGCAAUUUUCCGAACACGUCCAACUAUCGAUCGAUGGCAAGAGGCAAAGACUGAAGAUCUACGACACGGAACCAGAAGAUGCGGCCGUUUAUUCUUGCGAAGUUGGCAAACAAACCUCGUCGGCUAAGCUGACUGUCGAAGAACCUGGAGUCGAUUUCAUCACUAAACUACCAGACGUGACUCUGGUGCCGUUGAACGCCGAUGCCGAAUUCGUGAUUGAACUGUCUCAAGACGUUCCAGUCACGUGGUACAGGAAAACGGAAGUCAUCAAGGACACACCGAAAUACACAAUCAUCGACAAAGGCACUGUAAAGAAACUGAUCGUCAAGAAUUGCACGACCGACGACAUUUCGGAAUACUCGGCCAUUGUGACGAACGUGAAAACAUCGUCAAAAUUAAGAAUCGAAGUGGUCGAGACGCCACCAAAGAUCAGCCCCGACACACCAAGGAAAUACAAAGUGAGGAAAGGUGAGGACGUCGAUGUUGUCGUGAAAUUCAGUGCAGCACCGAAGCCAACCAGCCAAUGGACAGUAAAUGGUCACGUGAUUACAAAAUCUAAACGAGUUGCGCCGACGAUCGACGAGGAAUCUGCAACCCUAACUAUCAGGAAGAUCCAAGAGGAAGAUGUUGGCGACUACACUGUCAAACUAACGAAUCGCGCUGGCGAGGCCAGCGUCGACAUCACCGUCGUCGUAAUGCAGGUACCAAGCGCACCCGGAGCACCUGAACCAUUGGAAACAACCAACGACAGUGUUACACUUCACUGGAAGAAACCAGAUUCGGAUGGUAAUUCUCCUAUCGUCGAAUACAUUCUGGAAUACCAAGAGAAGACUACAACUACUUGGACCAGGGUCACAGAAACUAUAACAGAGACAACGCACAAAGUGACGAAACUAACCACGAACAAAGAGUACACCUUCCGAGUGACAGCCGUGAACGAAGAAGGCCCAGGCGAAGUAUCACCGCAAUCGCCAUACGUGAAGAUAUCAAAACCGUCAGCCGCGGAACCACCAGUCGUCUUGGAACCUCUAAAGAGUGUCGUCGUAGGCCUAAAAGAAACAGUUACUCUUUCGUGCGUCAUUGGCGGAUCGCCGCUGCCAGACAUCGUUUGGUUGAGAGACGGUGAAACAUUCGAAGACAGCAGUAUCACGUAUGAAAACCAUGUGACAAAGUAUACCAUCACGGAAACAACGGAAACUUCAUCGGCAACGUUCACAGUUAAGGCGAAGAACAACGUUGGAACAGCAGAAACAACGUGCGAAUUGAAAGUACAGGAAGCACCGAAGAUUAUUUUCGACGAGACAUUGGCGAACCAAAAGUUACCAGUGAACGGUCAAUGGAAGAUCGAGAUUCGAACCAGUGGCUUCCCGAAACCGGAAGUUACGUGGACGAAGAACAGCAAGAAAAUUGUCGAGAAACACGUGACUACCCGUACCGAAGAAUACACAUCUACCAUUUCUAUUUCUUCCCUCGUCAGAGAGGACACUGCCACUUACACAGCAAAGGCGAGCAACCAAGCUGGUAGUUCUUCGGUUGACUUACAUCUCAAAAUCAUAGACAAACCAAACAAACCGCAGGGGCCGAUUAUCUUUAAAGAAAUCAGACAAGAUCGCGUUACCCUCGAAUGGCGACCACCAGCCGACGACGGUGGAAUUGAACUCGAUAAGUACACCAUCGAGAAAUGCGAGCCAGGCAAGGCUUGGGUAAAGAUCGUCGAUAUCGACAAGGAAGUAGAAAGCUUUUGCGUGCACAAACUGCAGCAGAAUGCCGAAUACAUGUUCAGGGUCAUCGCCAGAAACGCUGUCGGUGCAUCAGAACCUUUGGAAUCGGAACCGGUCAAGAUGAGAACUUCCUUCGAACCACCAGGACCACCAAGAGGACCACUAGAAGUAUCCGGAAUGACGAAGACAUCGUUUACGAUAAAAUGGCAGCCUCCAGAAAACGACGGUGGAACACCAAUAACGGAAUAUAUUGUUGAAAUGAAAGAAGAAUCGAAGAAAAGUUGGCAGAAGAUCGGCAGCACCAAACACGAAAUAACCAACUUUAGCGUGUCAGAUUUAAAGACAGACGUACCAUACAACUUUAGGAUAACAGCUAAGAACAGUGUUGGCACUGGUCCGCCGUAUGUAGCCGAAGAACCAAUUGCACCUGGCAAACGAAUCAAAAUAACAAAGCUCACCGAAAGCAGCAUGUACGCUCUGCUGGGUAUAUUUCCGCCUUCGAAAGUAGUAAUCAGCAAAACACCACCGUCGAGUCCUCAACAUGUACAAGUGACGAACGUUACCAGCAAGAGCGUGACUCUCAGUUGGUCACCACCAGCUAGCACAGGAGGAACCGAACUUACAGGAUACGUGAUCGAGAAGAGACCAUUGAUUGGAAAGGGAGCAAGAUGGACGAAAGUCGUCACUUUGGACGCCUCGACGCUCCAACAUUGCAUCGAAAACUUGAAAGAAAGCGAAUUCCUCUUCAGAAUCUUCGCAGAGAACAACAUGGGACUCAGUCUACCUACAAAUUCGGAACCAGUCACCUUAAAGACGCAUGCCACUGUACCAUCGCCACCCACUGCGCCAUUGGAGAUCAGACAGAUCGCAGCAAACACAGUGGUAAUUUCGUGGGGCAGACCAGAGUCUGAUGGCGGCGCACCAUUGGAGAGCUACAAAAUCGCCAUCAAAGACGCGAAAAAGACGAUGUGGAUGGAAGUGGGCCGCGUGAACGCCGACGUGCAAAAGUUGAACAUCAGAGACCUCCAAGAAGACCACAUGUACCUGAUCAGGAUCUUCGCCAAGAACGAGAUUGGCGUCAGCGAUCCUUUGGAAUCUGACGAACCGUUCAAAAUUCUACCAGUUACCGAACUUUCGGUAGUGGAGCCACUCGCAGACCCCACGGAAAAGGGUGAAACCGCUUCCUUGAGCUUCAGCACGGAGAACACGAGUUCUUGGCUUCGGGAACACAAUAUGGACGCCGACAUUCACUCGUACGCGAGGGCGAGACUUCUCAGACAAGACGAAUACUUCUUCCGCAUUUGGCACUAUGCUAAGAAGCUCUUCGAAUAAGCAUUUCUACGAUUUAAAGGCGGAAAGAGUGGGAAACGAACCCGUUCAUUCUUCUUCUUCUUCUUAACAAGGACCAUAAAAAAUUUAAGGCGUAAGACAUCCGAGAGAAAAAAAUAAGGAAACACGUAGGGCAAAGGUUUAAUUAUUAAUUUCGUACGAUACGAAAAAUUCUUUCUAAUUUGAAUCAGGUGUAUUUAUACGGUUGUUAUUUUCUUCUUCCACGAAAUUCAAUAUCAACGAAACAACGAAAGAACGAUAUUAUUGAAUUGUUCCUCCCUAGAAUCGAACGUGUAGCGACUAGAUUUAAAUUAAGAAUCGAUAUACUGGAUGGGUGUAGAAUCUAGUCAGCGUAGAGUAAUGUAUUUUUUCUUUUUUCGUUUCAACGGACCAAGACUUCGUCACGUAUGCUUGGAAUCGAUACGCGGAACCGGAGGGGAGGUGUCUUUCUCUAGCCGCGUCGUUGAAAAUUCCAGUCGAAUCGACAGGAGUUUGUUUUACCAAAGAAACUAAGAAACUCUAUAAAAAAUCUUUACGAUGCUAUCUUUCUUUCUCUUUUCUUUUUUUUUAAUGAAAAUGUUAUCGGUGUGGUCGUAAAGCUUCCAGUGUACAUACAUAUAUUGUUUCUUCGUUUCACGAGUGCGUUUAAAUUUGACGAGACAUUAAAAGUUGAUCAGUCGUUCCCGUGACUUUUCAACUACGCGAACUUAAGAAAGAAACUUCCUUGAGAUUCCUUUCCACGCAAAGAAUAUUCUCGUCGAAAUAUCGACGGAACCCCAUCAACCCCCGAGACUCUGAUCUGAGGAGAAUGUGAUAAUCGAAUACCUUGCGCAAAGAAGUGAUUUAGGAACGAUUAAGAAUACUUGACCUCCCUCACGACCUUCAAAUCUUAACUCCUCCCCUCCCACCUUCUCCCCCUCAUUGCCACGAAUCCUUUGUAUUUAUAUUAUCGCGAACGGAAAGCAGCAGUAGUUCAGUUACACACCAGAGUUUGCGAGGAUUACUUUUAGUAUUUAUUCGUAAUAUAUAAUGUAUAUUUAAUUGUUACUCGUUACCAUUGCCGUUAUGAUAAUUCUUAAAUAAUUGCCAUCGCCGUCGAAACCGAUGUUGAUGCAACUGGUCGAUAAGACUAGAUUACACAACGAAGAAAUGCCACGCGUUGUUGGUGUCGCGAGACGUGCAAAAUAUAGAUGCAAAAACAACAUGAAACAUUUCACCAAUUAUUACGUGUGUCGCAUACUUCUUCGCGUUACAUACUGUAAGACAUUUUACGAAUUAAAUUAUUGCAAAUC